CGUGUCUUUCACUUAUAUUAUAAUCGUACUUACUUUUGAAAUUCACGUGUUCGCUUCAUCGCGCCGUUGUUUAUUGGAUAACCCGUUAUACCUACGUUUACCUUAUCAACUCUUUGACCUCGCACAAUGUCAAGACCACCAGCUCAUCCCAAAGGCUGGGCUCCAGUCCCUUCGGUGACGUCACCGCCCGUAUCUUUUCGGCCGGCUACCCCAACCCGUCAAUCGCCGGUCCAUCGACUACCGCCGCCAUACAUUCCGUGUCCGAAACCUAUGAGACCCACGUCGUCUCCCCUGACAUCCGGACCGCAGCCGUACAGAUAUCCGUCGCCGUGUCCGUCUCCGCAAAUAUUCGAACGGUCUUGCGAGCCGCAGCCGUCGGCGUACCGGCCCCGGGAGUUCGUGGUACUCGAGGCGCCUUCGCCUCAACAAUGGUCGGACGAAGACAAUGUCGUCGACGGUCGGUCAACAGCGGAAAUUGUCGCUUCACAAUCGCAGGAUUACGUGGACGAGAAAUUGGCCGAGUAUCAAGCCACGAUUUACAUGCUACAAGACGAGCAGGAGAGAGUACAGAAGAAGACUUUCGUUAACUGGAUAAACUCCUAUUUAAGUCAAAGAAUACCACCGUUGAAAAUCGAUGAUUUAAUCGAUGACCUCAGAGAUGGCACUAAAUUGCUUGCAUUGUUGGAGGUUUUGUCUGGAGAAAGACUGCCGAUUGAACGUGGACGCAAUAUGAGGAGACCGCAUUUUUUGAGCAACAUAAACACAGCAAUACAGUUUUUACAAAGCAAAAGAAUCAAAUUAGUGAACAUUAAUUCGUCGGAUAUUGUUGACGGAAGGCCUCCAAUUGUUUUAGGACUUAUUUGGACCAUAAUUCUUUAUUUCCAGCUUAACCGUAAAACUGGAUUUACUGUUACUAACACUAUCGAAGAAAACACAAAAGGCUUGGCGACUUUAAAUUAUUCCUUUAGUGGGAGCGCAAGUAGUUUGGAUAGCAUUAAAUCACCAACAAUGGAAGUACAUAAAAAAGCCGACGGAGCUAAGAAAUCUUUAUUAAAAUGGGUCGCGACAGUAAUACCUAGGGAAAGCAAUAUCAACAUAAGAGAUUUUGGGCCCAGCUGGAGAGACGGUAUCGCUUUUCUCACGAUCAUAGACACUAUACAAACUGAUCUAGUCGACAUAACUACAUUAAGACAACAAACGAACCGAACACGUUUGGAAACUGCAUUUAACGUAGCUGAACAAGAUCUGGGAAUCGCUCGUUUACUCGACCCAGAAGACGUUGACGUGGACAGGCCUGAUGAAAGGUCGGUGAUGACUUACGUUGCCCAAUUUGUACAUAAAUACCCCGAAGUCCGUAGCGAUGGAGGAGAAUCAAUCGACAAAAUCCAAAAGGACUAUAAUAUCCUGCUAACGUGGUUGAACGAAAAAACUGAAUACCUUUCGUGGUCGCAAAAUUUGUCCCAAGACUAUGCGGAAUUUGAAAAAACGCAAGAGGAAAUCCACUCGAUGAGUAGCUAUUAUAAAAAACUGAAAAAAAUAUGCAACUCUGGAGCAGCAAUAUGCAUAUCGUCGCAAUCCUGGAAAGAAGUGGAACGACUUUGGUCGCUGUUAGAAAGUUUGAUGAAUAAGUGGCAAUGGCAACUGGAUCGUUCUUUGCCCGAACCAUUUAAAGCUAUCGGGGAAUGGAUCACUAAGGCCGAGCAACUUAUAAACAACGAUUCUAUUCCUUCUGUAAUGAACGAACAAACCGCUGUGAUAAUUAGUAAAAAGCUCGAAGAUCAUAAGUUGUUUUUCGGUGAUUUGCCGGAAGUUCAAGACAAAUUCAAUGAACUUCUAUCAAAAUGUAAAACUCAAAAUAGAGAAGUUCAAAAUUUAUCCAGACGUCUUCGCAACACUGAGGUGGAAUCGCAUAAACGGCGUUGUCGUCUUAAGUUUUUGGAGCACAAGUGUUGUUUGAUCGCAUUUUUAAACUUGACCGAAAACAAACUAAAAGCAUGGACUGUGAAGUACGGUCGUCAACAAGAAGUGCAGCGUUUAUUGGAGAAAUACAAUAACUUCGUGAUAGGCAACAACAUCUUCCAAGAGUUUAACAAGGCUUUCGUAGACAUGCGAAAUGUGUUCCAAGAAUACAAACACGAAUGCCGCAUAGAAUACAAGGAAACACUGGCCAUAGAUAAGUUUCUGCGGCAAACGGCCGAACAGUGGAAAAGUAUAGCGAUGGAACUCAGGUGUGCUCAGAGUAUGCUCGAAGAAGUCGUUUCUUAUUGGAGACGAUGGGAGACUUCACGCGCUGACAUGCAAACUUGGUUGCGGGUCGCCUCUACCAAAAUAAACCUUUCACCCGAACAGCAAAUCGAGUUUUUCCAGGACAUUGGUGUUUGGAAAGAAAAGUACGAGUUGCUCAACGACACCGUCAGUUUUUUGGUGGCCACGUCCGAGGACUCGAUCGCUGCAGAACUAAAGCAAGAAUUCCUAACAAUCACAAAGAUGUGGGACGAUAUAUUUUUAAAAACUAAAGACUACAUGCACUCUGGGGAUAUGAUCAGAAAUAGGAAAGAGUAUUUCGACGGGUUGGACAUAUUGCGAAAAUGGAUCGUACGUGCAGAGCACGUUAUGUCAUCCGUGCAUUUAAGUUCAUCCGGAAACAUCAAAGACUACCUUAAAGAUAUUCAAACGUUACAAGUCGAGUUGGAUCAAAUGGACGAACUGUUCAAAGCAAUCAGUAAAAAGUUCCAAGUACUCAUCAAAGACUUGACAAGAGAAGAAGUUAACGAAAUGAUGGCUUGCGUCAAAAAAGAAAAAGAGUCUCUUGUAAACAUAAGGGCGUCUAUACCAAAUCAACUGAACGCUCUUCAUCACAUGUUAGUUCAGUACGAUGCUCUAGAAUCUGGACAAAAAGAAAUUAAUGAGUGGCUUGACCACUGUGAACAGUUUAUGUCCACAUUAAAGUUGAACGAUAAUCAAGAUAAAUUACAAAGGGAUCUUGAGAGUGUAAAGAAUAUCAUCAUACGGAUGUCAUAUUAUCAGUCGAUGUUAUCGAGUAAAAAUAAAAUAUUUCAAAGCAUUAUAAAGUCUAUCCAACCAGAUCAGACUCAAGGAAAUAACGCUGAGUUUGUACAAACAAUGGCCGAUUUAAAUGCCAGAUUUUCAAGGGUAACUCAAGACUGUCAUCAAUGGGAAACGAAACUCCAGCAAACUCAGCGCUGUUGGCAUAACUUCACAGAAGUAGAAAAAGUUAUUUUGGACUGGGUUGAAAUAAGUGAGCGCAUACUUUCAGAAGAAAAAACUAGUUCUAGACAAAUUCUGGAAUCCCAAAAAUCGUAUCUCGAGUAUGCAAACCACAGCAAAUGGAUUAACGAAUUGGACAUGGUAGAAGGUGAACUUUUGCGAUGUAUGCCAAUACUUGAACAAGAUCAAAUAAGAGAGAGAUCGAAAAAACUGAAAAUGAAAUUAAAAGAUAAUCAAAACAAAAUUCCGAAUUACAUUUCAAGAGUUGAAUACAAGCUGGAUGAAAUAAUGUUCAAUCAAUGUAUGACCGAAGCUGAAAAAGAAUUAAACUUAGAAAAUCAAGCCCUUAUUAAAAACGAAGACGUAAAUAUGCUACUGCAACGCAACAAAGAGUUCUUCGACAAUGGCAUUAUAAUGAAAGAAAUCAAAACGAGUUUAAAUAAUAUGUCCAGCACUGUGAAUAACAUGCCUGACGCAUCAUUCGAGUCGAAUUUCAAUCAUGCUGUUCAACGUUUUGAAAACUUACAAAUGAAAAUAUCCGAAAUGAGACAGCAGUACACGCAAAUUCCUAAUCAGUUUGAAAACUAUAAAAUUAAAUAUAAUGAUUUGCAAAAAUGGAUGGAUUCGGUCGAUGUGAGUGUAGAUAAGUUAUUGAAGUAUUCGUUAAACGACGACGACUUCGAACGCGAAAAAAAUAUAUUUCAAGAUAUUUGUCGCGAAGUGGAUAACAAACGUGACGAUAUAAAGUGGAUGGUCCAAGUACUAGACAGUUUAUUGCCGUUUAUACCUAUUGACCAACAACAAAUCGAACAGCAACAAUUAGAAAUAUUAAUUAACAGAUUUAAACAUAUAAUACCAAAUAUUGAUAUAACCAUAACUAAAACUGAACAUUAUAAAAAAUGUGUCACGUAUAGAAAAGAAGUUAGAGAAAUCGGUGAAAUAUUAGACCGGGUAAAAGAUAGUCAAUCGACAAAAAAUUCAGCUUCUUUUGAAGACUUGAACGAACUCGUCAAAAAUCAAGACGAAAUUGUCACAGAUCUUGAAAAAACCCGGAGCAGUGUAAUGUCUGCCCUACAAAAAGGAAAACAGUUAACGAAAACCACAACUUCUACCCCGCAGUUUAUUUCACAGCUCGUUUCAAAACUUGAGACCGAUUGGAGUUAUUUGUACAAUGAAUCCAUAAAUAGAUUAAAUAAACUGAAAAAUGCCCAGAAACUCACGGUAGAGUAUAAUAAAACCAAAAACCAAAUUACAGAAAUUCUGGAAAUGGCCGAAAACCAAUUAAAAAUUGCACCGGAAGGCAAUAAGCCCAAUUCGAGAGAGAUAUCGUUGCAGCUGAGAAGCAUGCAAGAACUUAGUCUUGCUCUGCGGGAAACGGCUGAAAGCAAGUUAACCAAACUAAGAGAUAUACUGCAGAAUUUGCAUGCCCCUGAAGCUCAACUCAGUCUUGACAGCGAAGUCAACUUAAUCGAGAGUCAAUUGGUGAACACUAUUCAAACCGUUGACAGAGAGUCUCAAAAAUUGGAAAAACUAGCAAUUAAGUUGUCUGAAUUAGAUUCGGGUUUAAGUAAAAUACACGUUUGGUCUGUGGAAUCUGCUCCGGCUGAUAUACAAAGAAUACAACAAGAUCAAUCAAAUCCUGAAACUAGGGCCCGUGGAAUUGGUCAAGUACAAGAUGAAUUGCAAAAAAAACGGAACAGUUUGGAGCGUCUAACAGCAGAUUUACAAAGUUUUGAGAAGGAAAAUGAAACAAAUGAAACUCAAAAGUUACGACAAGAUUUAGACGAAGUAAGGCUAUCUAUCUUGAAUUUGGAAAGUAACACUAACCAACAAAAUCAAGAGAUAGAAAAUCAUCUCAAUGAGUGGCAAAUUCAAAAAUGUAAACUAGAUGACAUUAGAACAUGGAUAGAAAACACAGAGAAGACAAUCAACAUAGAUUACGUCAAGCCAAUUGGCUUGGAAAUGGCAAAGGAUUGGCUAAAAAUAGCAGAUGCAAUCAAUUUGGACUGUCAAGAAAAAAUAGAAAAACUGAAAGCCAUAGCUGUGGAAAACAACACUACAGUAGUUCUAAAUGAAGUUGACGCUAUUCAAUCUCGGUGCAUAUCAGUACAGUCGUCUGCGGUGCAACAGAGUACUCGUUUACAAAGGCUUGUAACAAACUGGAACGAUUUGAACGACAGGGUUGAAAAAAUCGAGAAUAAAAUGAAGCAACCAUUACUUAGGGAAUUAAAUAAUGAAUCGAUCACACCGUCAAUUAGCGAAGACGGGCUUCAGAAGAUGUUGCUAGAAAACAAAGCCUUAUUCCAAGAGCUUACCGAGUGCCAAAGUGAACUCUCUAAUCUUUCUCAAUGUUUAAAUGGCUUCUAUCAAAAUUUCUCACACGAGACUACAAAUGACAUAAAAAAUAAGCUGUCCAAUAUGAAACAAACAAAUAACGAAUUUUUGAAAGACGUUCAUGAAAAAAUACAAAAUAUUUCUAAUGUUAUGUCAGCGAAAAAAGAGAAUGCUGUUCAAAUAAAUGGAUUUUGCGAAUGGCUUAAUGAAAUGGAUUCCAAAGUAAAUUCGUGUAACGUGGUUCCAUUUAACGCAAUUGAAGACACGUUGAAAAAACUUCGUUUGCUCGCCGAAGAGCAUAUAGAAAAACAACCUAUGGUCGAUGAGAUGAAAAAAAAAUUAGUUCAUUCUAAAGACAACCAAGAAAUUCAGCAAGCAGUUACUAAGUUCAAAAAUAUUCAAGAUCUAUUGCAACAAAAAAAAAUAGUAUUAGAAAAAGUCAACGAGUUUUUCAUUUGGAACGAUGCUCUACUUGGGAAAUUGGGACACGCCGAGUUCAAGUUCGGUUGUAACCAAAUUGAUAACAUAGCCGACGAAACUACCAAAUCCAUAGAAGAAAUAGAAAAGUGGAAAAUUGACACAGAAUCGAUUGAAAGUUUGCUUGUACAAAGUAAUACUACGAUAUGCGGGUCGUCGUUUAAAGAUAAAUUCGAUCAAUCGGAAGAGAAAAUUAACAAAAUACAGGAAAAAUUAAAAAUCAAAGAAGAAAACGAACAGAAAAUCAAAGAGUGCCAAACGAGCGUGAACAACUUGAACAGACAUCUCAUUCAGGAAAUCGAACAAGUGGAAAAAAAUUUAAACUACCUCACAACGUCGUUAAAACACUACAACGAAGUGCCGAAUACGAUUCCGAAGCUUCGGGAAUUGGUCAAUUACACUUUGUUGGACGAGAACUUAAAACAACUAGAAGCCGAAAGUCAGCAGCUCGUUCAACUGGACAAAACCAUGUCGGCUCAAGUGCAAAACAAUAUUGUGGAAACGAAUUUAAAGUUGGCCGAUUUGAAAUCCCUGUCUGAACACUAUAUGACACAUAUGGAACGGAUCAAGGACAAUUGGUUAACGUACAAUAGUAUCAAAGAGAAUAUGCUGUCGACUAAAAAAGGCUGCACGGCAAUACUGAAAUCUGUGAAACAGUCAAACAACGUAUCCGAAGCACACAGUGUAGAUGAAAAAUACCAAGAUGUUAUUCAGCAAAUAUCUGCGGUGGAAAAUGAUUUACCAUCGAUGAAAGAAGCCGUUUCGAACAUAAUCGCCGAAGCGGAACAUUUGCCAGCGCUUAACGUGGACAACAUAUCGCACGAGUACGAGAACGAUUUGGAGAGUUGGAAAAAAUAUUUCAACGACGUGAAAAAACAAGCCGAAAAAAUGCACUCACAAUUCGUGAUAUGGAAACAAAUCAAUCAAAACAAAGAAAACAUUUUGCAAUGGUUAUCCGAUAUGAACGUCGAGCUCUUGGACAGUACUUCCAGUUUUGACGGUAUUGACAAAGUAAAAACUAAACUUGCCAAAUAUUUAGAAGAAAAACCGCAUUAUUUGGAAAUAAAUCACAACAUCAACGAGAAAGUCAGGAAACUAGCGAAAUUCAAUGAAAACAAGCCCAGCUUUACUUUGGACACGUUGUGUGAACUGAUUAAUGAACAAUUCAGCGGUGUCGACAGUGUUGCAAACAACCUAGCAGGCCUCAUCGACGUAUACUCCAAGCAAGAAGAACAAGUGCGGAGUGAAAUAAAAAAACGUUCGUUGGAUAUAAAUAACAUCAGAGAAAAUGUAACAAAAUGCGACAACCUAAGCAACGGCUUGGAAGCGUCGUUGAACAACUUGAAGUUCUGUUUAAAGUGCAAAGAUGAUUUAAUCAAAAUGAAUUUGAGCAUAGACGCAAUCAAUCAUUCUGUAACCGAAAUUAGCGAUUCGUUCCCUGUAUUUUCCGAGUCAAAUACGGUUAAAGAAUUGAAAAGUCUAAAAAACCGAUAUGAAAGUGUCGUGCAGCAAGUGGACAAAGUGGAAACCACAUUGAUGUCCUAUUUGAAAAAACAUCUAGAAGAAGAUUUGAAUAAUAUCGAACAUAGUACAAGGAGUCUCCACGAGAAAUUGACUUGGUGUAAACCGGAAGACGAAGUACAAAAAGAUCAGCUAGAAAUGAAACUUAAGUCCGUGGAAGAAAUCAAAAAUAAUAUAACUCCUUGCAAAAAACAAAGAGCCAAAAUAACCGUAGUUUUGGACGAAUUAAAUCAAUAUUCCUCUACGGACUUCAAUUUAGAAAAUUUAACCGUUUUCAGUGAAGUAUUGAGCUCGACUCUUGAGAAAACCGAGAAAGAAAUUUACGAACGAGAAGAAGAACUCAAAGAAUCUAUUAGCGUUUGGGACGAAUGUGAUAAUUGUUUGCAGACAAUUGUUCCGUCGUUGAAUAUCUUAGAAAAUGAUAUCAAGGACUUUGUGGAAGUACCUAUAGAUGUUCACUCAAUAGAUUUGACCCGAGGCAAAAUAUCUGACUUGCAGCCCAAAGCCAAAAAAAUCCGGCAAUUGUUUUCCGACUUUUCGACUAGUGUGGACAAAUUAAAAAGUGAUCACACUAAGUCCUUAAUGGAUAAUCAGGGCCAGAAAAUCAAGAAAAGAUUAGAGUCAUGUGAAAGUAGCAUUGAUUCAGGUUUGGAAAAAAUAAAAAAAUUGAACAAUAUGAACGAUAAAUUCAACAAGUCACAUGGUGUUAUUGAGAAGUCUAUGGACAAGUUGAUGAGUCAAAUUUAUGACAUUGAAGUCGCUCAAACCGGUGAUAAAAAAUCAAUUCAAAACGUACAAUCGGAUUUAUCCACUUUAAAAAAAUUCAACAAACUAUUGGAAGAUAAUCAACAGAAAAUAAAUGAUACAACGGCAAAAGGCGAGGAUAUGUAUUCUGAUAUCACAACAGAUAAUCGAGAAGAGAUUAGAACUAAACUAAAACAAUUGAGAACAACAUUAGAAUUAUUAAACGAAAAAUGUGGUAACUUAACAAAAACCAUCGAAAACGUAUUAGUUCAAAAAUCGUCGUUUGAUGAGAGUUAUAAUCAAAUUGAAAAAUGGCUAACUGAAACGGGCGACAGAUUAAAUGUCUGUGAAACUAUUAAAAAAAAUACUAUUAGUGACAAAAGAAUGAACGUGAACGCUUUAAAACAACUGAAACAAGAUUUAGACGCAUACAAAGAAGUAAUUAAUAAGCUAGAACAAAAAGAAUCUGAAUUGAACGAAAAAGAUACAAAUUUAAAAAUGACAAAUAUUAAUGAAAAAUAUUCCAACCUUCUGUUAGAAACUAAUAAACAGUUGUUGGUGAAUGAGGACAUCUUAAAAAAUCAUGAAUUAUAUGUUGAUAGCAUUGAACAAUUUAAAAAUUACCAAAGAGUAUUAUUCGAUGAUCAAAAGUUAUCUGGUGGCGAUAUUUGUGAUCUUGUCCCAGAAGACAUACAACAUAUAAUCGACCAGAGACCUGAAGGUGAUUUAAUAUUUGAAAAAUGUAAAAAAUUAAGUGCCACCGUGUUGAAAGAAACGGACGAAAGCGGCAAGGAACUAGUACAAAAUGAAAUUGAAAAGUUAAAAGGUGACUGGGAAAGUUUGAUGUCAGAUUUUCAAAAUAAUUUGAGCAUUGUAAAUAAAAAAAAUAGCCAGUCCAAGGAAAUGCUGUUGAAAAUAGAAAACCUGGACAAAUAUUUCAAAUCGGUCGAAACCCAAGUUAAUGACAGAUGCUUGAAAAAUGGACUUGAAAGCAAACGAAAAUACUUGAAAAAAUUAAAAUCAUUUGAUAAGGACAUUACACAAAAACACAAUGAUAUUAACGAAGUAGAAUCGGUUAUUUCCGAGUUGACACCCGACCUUCAUACUUCACUAAUUAAUUUAAUGAAAACUUAUCAGACAAUUAAAACAAAAACCAAGGAGGCAAUUUUACGGUAUGACAACUUUGUUAGAGAACAUCAGCAAUUCGAUACAGAUUACAAAAAAUUCAACGAAUCACUUCGACAUCUUUCAGAAGAUCUUCAACAGCACUGUGAAGUUGUUGGCGAUUUAGGAUUGCUGCAGGAAAGACAAAAGAAAUUGCUUUCAUUAUCGGACACGAAAUGUCAACUUAGUGUGCAAUACGAUUCACUAGCAAACCAAGCAGAAAAACUCUACUCUCAGACAUCUCCCGACGGGAGAGAAGUUAUAAGACAGAAAAUGAAGGAUUUGCGAAGCACGUGGGAUACAGUUUCAGACGGUUUACAGACGAGCCUUACCAAAUUCGACACUUGUUUAAUGCAGUUUGCCGAAUUCUCAUUGUCUCAGGAACAACUCACAAAGUGGCUAAACAACAUAGAGCAAUCCAUGCAAAACCAUACCGAGACCAAAGGAACGCUACAAGAAAAGAAAGCUCAACUGCAGAAUCAUGUUGUCAUAAAUCAAGAAAUCAUGUCGCACAAGCCAUUAGUGCAGUCAGUGUGUACUAAAGCUCAAGAACUCGUUGACCAAACUAAGGACGAUACCUUAAACGUAUACUUGGAUUCAAUAAAAAAUCUUUACGAAAAAAUCGUUGUUAAAUCCAUGGAAUUAAUGGACGAGUUACAACUUUCUGUGCGAAACCAUGAAGAUUUUAAUAAAGCAUGUCAAAAACUAGAGAAAGAUCUAAAGGAUGAACGAGACAAAAUACUAGAAUUUAAUAACGUCACGGGAGAGAAGGAUACUAUUUCUAGUAGAAUCGCAUACUUAAAAACUAAAAAAUCAGAGAUUGAAUCAAAUAAAGGCGUGCGUGAACAACUUAAUAUAUUAUUUUCACAAGUGAUUCAAACAACAACGAAAAAUGGAGUUGACGCCAUGGAAAAAGAAUUAUCAAAAAUGGAAAAAGAUAAGAGUCAGCUUGUAACUCUAAUAGAUGAAAUUGUGGAAAAAUUGGAAAAUGUAUCAGCACAGUGGAUGGAUUAUGAAACAAAAUUAGAAGAAUUUGCAAACUGGUGUAAAUCCACAGAAACCGUCUUUAAGGAUCAACAACUGCAACCAACAGCCGAAAAAAAAUUCAACCAAUUACAGUUGUACCUUGAAAAACGAGAAGAAGUCUUAAACUACGAAUCGAAAAUCGAAAAUUUUGUUGACCAUUCUAAUAAUCUGUUGCAUGUCAGCGGUGAAGAACGACUAAAACCGUUUAUACAUCAAAUUGGCACCAAGUACCAAUUCGUUCAGAUGCUGAGCAAAGAAACGGUCAACAAAUGGCAAACUAUCAGUGAUGAGCACAAGAACUUCGACGAUAAACUAAAAGAGUUUAAACUAUGGUUAGAACCGAUAGAUGGCAUGCCUGACGAUAUUAUGAAAAAUACCGAUAUGGACUUAAACAGCAAACUGUCGAUGUUGCUGAAAAUAUGCGAAAACCCGGAACAAGUAUCAACAAAAGUCUCAUUGUUAUGCUCGUUAGGCGAAAACUUAUACCCUGACACGUCUGCUCCAGGACGUGAAAAUAUCCGACAGCAGCUCAACGAUGUUCGCAGCAGGUGGGACACUUUGGAUAAUAAAAUCAAAAGCGCGCAAAAAAAUCUCGAAACACAAUCGCAACAAUGGAAUAGCUAUCAGGAAUCGAUUUUACAUAUUAUUAACUGGCUGGAUAAUAUCGAGAAAAAUGUUCUAUUCAACCAAUCGAACAUUGGAACGUCUCUGCAAGAAAUAAGAUCGAAACUUCUGAAACAAAAGGCGAUAAUGCAAGAAAUCAUUUCGCAAGGUCGCGUGAUCGAGACAAUUGUGGAAAAAGGAAAGACCAUACAAAAACCUCAAAACGAAAACGAUUUAGAAAAAUCGCUUAAAGACAGGUACGAUCUGUUACGACAAAAGAUCAACGACACAAUAGCACAACUAGAAAAUUACCUGGAAUCCUACCAACAGUAUCAAGAUUUGUCAAAAACAUAUCAAGAUACUCAAAAACUACUUUGGGCUCAAUUAUCCACGCAUACUGAUUAUUCGGGCAACAAACAGAUUUUAGAGAGCCGUCUGAAGAAAAUCGAUGCUAUACAAAAAUCGUUCGACAACAAUAAGUCAAUUUUAUUGGCAAUGCUUAAUUUCGUUGAAAGUUCUAAGCAAAAUAUUCCUCAAAAGGCUGUGGAAACAAUGACAAGAGAUCAUGUCAAUUUCCAAUUCGAACAAGAAAAAUUUCAAUCUUCCCUAAACGAUUUACUAGAAGGCCUUCAAAGUAGAAUCGACCAGUGGGUAGAGUUUGAAAACCUAAUACAACAGUUGGUUUCGUGGCAUAACGAUACAGAAAAGAAACUGCAAAAUUGUUCGGAUAAGGCUACGUUGGAAGAAAAAUCUCAACAGUAUAAUAAAUUCCAAGAUUUACAAAAAGAAAUCGAAGGUAAAUCAAAUUUAGUGAAAGAUCUUAUCUCGUACGCCGAUCAUCUUCAGCAAUCGUUGAGAGAAGCCAUAACACAUAAAGAUUCAGAUGUUCAGCAACCGGCAGAAAUACAGUCUUCGGGAGAAGCACGGUUAUCAACUAGAGUGAAACAAAUUUCCUCACGUUACCAAUCGAUGCAAACAACAAUUAAGGACAUUUUAAAUAAGUGCCACGAGUCGAUCGUCGUUCAUCAAGAGUACACCGACAAGUACAAUGAAUGUUCCAUUCAACUUACCAACGUCAAAGAGCAAUACGCGGUAGCGUGUCAACCCGGGUCUUCGUCGCAAAAGGUCCAUGAAUAUUUAAUACAGAAAUACGGGAUAUUAAACAGUUUGCUGGACACUAAACCGAACGUUACACACUUGCUGAACAGUUGUACAGAUUUGAGCGAUAAACUAUACCUUAGCACGUCUCCCGGUGGCAGGGAUAUUAUCAAAAAUCAGUUGGACGCACUUCAGGCAACGGUCGAAACGUUAUACGAUGAUAUUUCAACUCAAAACCGAGACGUUAAAGAUCAGCUGACGCGUUGGGGCGGGUUUGAAGAAAUACACAACGAGUUGAAACAGUGGUUCAACGAGAUGAAACAAAUACUGAAUAAAGAUUUAGUGCUGAGGCCGACGUUGGACGAGAAGAAAAUGCAGUUGCAAUUUUACCGAGACAUGCUUCAGGCGGCCAACAAACGAAAGGAAGAUGUGACCAAACUAAAGGAAUACGCUAACCAAUUGAAAAUGGCCGAAAACAACGACGCAAUGUUUAUGUCCUUUGACAAACAACAUGCGGAAAUACUGAACGAAAUUCAGCAUUUCGUCGAUAAGUACGAGGCAAUCGUAAAAGACCACGAGCAGUAUACAAAAGCUGUAAUGGAAAUGCAAGAGUGGCUCGACGCGACCCACAAUACUUUAUUGCUAUGGAGCGACACAAACUUGGAAAAAGUGUCAUUGUUAAGCAAUGUUGACCGCAUAAAAAAUUUGUUAGCCAGUCUUACCGGAGAAGAAAAUAGAAUUUAUAACAUACAAAAAUUAGCAGAAAAAGUUAUUCCCGAAACAGAACACCUCGGUCAGCUCAAUAUAAGGUCACAAAUUGAUUCAUCGCAGCAAGAUUGGGAAGGCCUUAUAACAACAGUCAAAUCAUCAAUAGAAGCUUUAGAAAAAAAAAUUAACAGUUGGAAUGAAUUUGAUAUACUCAAAGACACGUGUUCGACAUGGUUACGCGACACUGACAAUAAAAUUCAUGCAAUUGAUUUAAAAAGUUCGUUACAAGAGAAAAAAACUCAAUUUGAAGAACUUAAGGAGCUUCAAGGAGUGAUUCGAGCUAAAGAAUUUGAAGUAGAUGCUAUCACUGAAAAAUCUCAAAAUCUAUAUGCUAUGACAAUGACAAAUAAAAACUUCCAAAUCACUGAAAUCGUGCAAAAAUACCAUCAACUUUCUUCGAAAAUGAAAGAAUUAAUCGGAAAAUGGCAACAAUAUGUAAACGACCAUUUGGAGUUUGAAACUAGUUUAAGUGAAGCUGUAAUUUGGUUGGGAACUAUUCACGAUAAGCUCACAAGCUGUUCUGAUUUUAAUUCAACAAACAAAGCCGAUUUAGAAGAAAAACUUCUAGUCAUUCAAGAAAUAUUAUUAUACAAAGAUGAUGGGUUUAGCAAAAUACAAAACUGUGUCAAAAAAGCGCAAAUAGUGCUAGCCAACACUGCACCAGAAGGUCAUAAACCAAUUAACGAAUCGCUUAUUUCUCUACAAGAACAUUGGAGCAAUUUGGCUUCUAAAAUGGUUAAAACUAAGGCAGAUAUUGAUGAGUCCAUUCAAAAAUGGUCAGGAUUUUUGGAGCACGUGAAACAAGUAGGAAAUAAUGUAGGCAAAUUUGAGGAAACGUUAUCUGAACUGGACAUUUUUGAAGCAACGCUGUCUGAAAAACGAAGCCAGUUGGAAAAAAUAAAAUACUUAGAUGAAAAAAUUCGUUGUGAAAAAGUCGAAAUGGAUUUAUUGAAAUCUAAAGCGUAUGAAAUGAUCAAGAGUGGACAUCAGAGCAACGCAGUAGCUGAAACACAAGAAGUGUUCACGAAGUUCGACAAUGUUUCAGAUAAAAUUAAGGCAUUACUUUCUCAACGAGAACAGCAAUACAAAGACCACAAAACCUAUAAAGAAGCGUACGAGGAAUUAUCAAACUUUUUGAAUAGGUCAAAAGAAAAAAUACCCUCAUUGAAAGAACGGCCUUUGAGCGAUAAAAUGGCAAUUGAACAAGCUAUAGCUCCGUUGGAAUCUCUUUUGAAUAAAAGAGCACAAGGCGAUCUGUUAUUGGACAACUUAAACACCAUCGGGGAUGUUGUUAAGACCAGUACAUCUGAUGAUGGCAUGAAAAUUAUCGAACGUGAAAUAUCUUCAUUAUCAGAAGAACUUACAAAGUUAUUCGAUGGCAUAUUGGUUCAAAAAGAAAAUUUGCAAUCUAUACAUUCUCACUGGAGAGAGUAUAAGGAUGAAUAUGAAAAGUUGUCAGAUUGGCUACAACAAAAUGAUAUAUCAAUGAAAUCGAUCAAAAAUACCUUACUUGCGACUAUGGCGGAGAAAGCAAAUCAAGUGAAACAAAUUCAGGAAGUGUUAGACGAUUUAGUUAAUGGCAAACCGAAUAUUGAGAGAUUCAACGAAAGCGCAAAGCCGUUAUUAUCGUCUCACUUGGAUACUUACAUUAACAACCAACUCAAACAUUUGAACUCACGAUAUGAUGUCCAAGUUAACUUGGCCAAAGAUGUUCAGAAGAAAGUGGAAACAAACCUUGAACAACACGUUCAGUACGAAGAGUAUUUAGAAAAAGCGAAAAAUUGGAUAAACGAUGCCAAAGAAGCUCUUCGUUGCGGAAAUGAAUCGUCUUCGAACCCUACUAGAGAAGAUUUACAAGCUUGUCUUCAAAAAAUAUUGGAGUUAUUAAAAAGGCAGGAGGAAGGUCAAUUGAUUAUUCAUUCGACAGUGAAUUCUGGCGAAAAAGUUCUUAGGAACACUAGAUCCGACGGAAAAGAUGUAAUAAACAAUCAGCUGAAAGAAAUUCAGUGCGACUGGGAUAAACUUGUAAAAAAAAUAUCGACAGCCAAAGUUCACGUUGAAACAAGCUUGUUGCAAUGGGCUGAUUAUAAUUCAUCGUAUUCGCAUUUAGAACAGUGGAUAACAGACCGGGAAGCUAAACUUGAGGAAAUAUGCGAACCUAAGGCGAAGAAGGCUAAAAAAAGUCAAGCCGGCAUUGGUUCUUUGGGCAUUGGCGAACGAAAAGCGACAUUAAGACGAACAAACAGCAUAAUGCAAGACAUAGUGUCUUUUGAACCAAUGAUUCAGAAAGUGACUUUGAAAGCGGAAGACUUACAACAAGCUGCGCCUGCCAAUGAAAUCGCCAACAAAUACCAAACGUUAAGUAUAAAAGCGAAAGAUCUGUAUGAACAGCAAAAGAAAACGGUUCAGCUUCAUCAAGAGUUCAUCAACACCGGUAAUGAGUUUGCCACUUGGUUGCGGUUGGCCAAAGAACGAGCAGGCAAGAUAUCUGAGCCGACAGGAGAUAAAGAAAUGUUAAACGCUAAAGCGGUUCAAUUAAAAGUGUUGAUAAGUGAACUUCCCGAAGGACAGGGUAAAUUAGAAAAAGCUCUUGAGCGAGCAGAGGAAGCAUGUUCGAAUGCAUACGAAGAAGAAAAGGAGAUAAUCGAACAGGAAGUGGCAAUGUUACAGGAAGAAUUCGACUUGUACGCCGAUAUGCUACAAAACACAAAAACGUUACUUGAAGACGGUAUUUACAAACUGAACGAAUUCGACGAAUAUUCUAAAAAUGCAACCGCUUGGUUGAACAAAACCGAAACACUUGUACAAUCGUACAAUAAAUUGCAACCCAACCUCGAAAAGAAAAAAGAAUCAUUAGAGGAAUUCCAAAAUCAUUUGCAAACACUGUUUGAUUGGCAGAGUGAAUUGGACAAUUUGAAUGGAAAAGCACAGAUCCUUUUAGAGACGUGCUCUGAUACUCGCCUUUCAAAUUCAAUUACCCAAAUGACAACCAAAUAUAAUACGUUGAUAUCUUUGGCUAAAGAAGUCAUGCGACGUCUAGAACAACACUAUCAAGAACAUCAGCAACACAACUCGUUGUACCAAGAAAGUCUCGAUUGGAUCGAGAGAACAAGAGACAAGUUGAUAGAGUUCGAAGACAUGCCGAACACACUAAAUGAAGCUAAAAACAAAUUGCAAAGUCUAAAAGUCAUUAGGCAAUCUCUCGAACAUGGGCAAAACCGUUUAAGGUACACUAUGGAGUUAAAAGAGAAAGUGAUGUUGAGCACAGAAACUCAAGGUGUGAUUAAAAUCGAAGAAGACACCGAAAAUUUGAGACAAGAAUUCGAAAAGCUUUCGAAUAAAGUUCAAGAAUGUAACAAUAACUUGACCAUAAAGGUUUCGCAAUUAGAGGAGUUAGAUAAAUUUAUAAAAAUACUUAACGAGUGCUUAGGUGAUAUUUCUUCGAAAAUCAACGGCAACGAAUUGGAACAGCCGUUAAACGAUUUAAGCGAAAAGAAAACUGCGUUUGAAAAAUAUAAGUCUCUAUUGCGUGACCUGCAAACGCACACUGAUUUAGUGAAUCGAAUAUCGAUGAGCACGGACAACGUACAAUCCUUACCGCCGGAAUCAUUGUCCUGUGUGACAAAAUAUAAAGAGCUUGUUGAUUUGGUCACCAAACAAAUAUCAGAUAUAGAAUCUCAAGUGGCCGAUCACGAAGAGUACCAAAUUUCGUUGAUGAACGCGAACGAUUGGAUGCGUAAAACUCGAGUGGCUGUCCAGAGUUGUGCGGACAAACAUGGCGAUUGUAAUGCUAACAAUGAAAAAAUAGCCAAACUGAAAGAAAUCGAAAGUUCAAUCGGUGAAGGAGAAAGGAUGGUCAAAGACGUUCUGGCGUUAAUAAAGACACUGCAAAACAACACGGGUCCUGAAGGAUGCGACAAACUGAAUCAAGCCAGAGUUCAGCUAAACAGCGAUUGGGACGAACUGAAACAUUUCAUCAAGGAAGUACAAACGUCUUUGAACAAAUGCCAUAAAGCGUGGGACGAUUUCAACGUAGUGUUCCAAGCCUUACAAAAGUGGGAAUUAGAAUUGGCCGGCAAAGUUAACGCCGCUUGUUCGUCUAGUGAGGCAUACACUCCCGAAGAUUUAGAUUUGUUUAAAUCAUGGCUACAAGAAAUAGUCAAUCAAAAUGUUUCCGUGGAAGAGCUAACCGAUCGUUGUGAACUUUUAAUGGAGUUCAGCGCGUGUAAUUGGGUUAGGGAUGAUACGCUCAAAAUACAGUCUUCGUAUACUGAACUUUUGACAACAACACAAGGACUUGUGUCGAAAGCCGAAAAAAGUUUAACCGAUCACACUGAGUUCAUCACAGCAAAAGAAAAAGUUGAGGAAUGGUUGAACCGUGCCCACGGUACUGUCCAAGAUUGUAUCGGUGAAGGAGAUCUAUCAUGGGUUAAAGAUAAAUUACAGACAGUUAAUCUGGUUGCUUCCAGAAUCACUGAAGGUCAAUAUUUGAUGAAUGGCAUGCAAGACGUGUUCACCAAAGCUUUAAAUAACACAUUAGACAUUGAAAGAAACAAUCUAGUAACUGCCAUGGAAGAGCUAAGGAACAGUUGGAAUAGUUUAAACAUCGACUUAAACUCAGUUAUAGCACACUUAAAAUCUCUACAGACAAGAUGGGAAGAAAACGAUGAAGCUAAAGCUGUACUUGAAGAUUGGUUGAAUUCUAUAGAUGUAAAAAUAAAUGAAAAUUAUGAUUCCAAGGCUGAUUUGGGAGAAAUGAAAACACUAAUAGAAAGAAUUAAUCAUAUAAUAAACGAGAUCGAUGAAAAAGAAACGGACUUCCAUCACGUUAUAAAUGAAACAGAGGAGUUGUCAAAGUGUUGUAAAAAUAUUCAGUUGAAUACAGAUAUUAAACAUUUAAAAACUAGGAAAAACGAUCUCAAGGAAAAAGCAUUAAAGCGCAAAAAGAGUUUAGAAAGUGAAAUCAUGCAACAUUCUAACUACUUACAAGCACUCCAAGAAACUGAAAAAUGGCUACUACAGAUUUCUUUCCAGUUAAUGGCACACAACUCUUUGUACAUAGCCAAUAGGGAACAAACACAGGAACAAAUAGAUCACCAUCAAGUCCUAUUAAACGAAAUCAUUCACUAUCAAGAUGUGUUGGGCGAUUUGAAAUCAAAAGGAUCGACACAAAUUCAGCGGUACGUCAAGUCAACUCCGUCAAUCCAGUCAACGGUCGAGCUGCAACUGACUAACAUUCAAGACAGUUACAACUCAUUGUACAACACAGCCCAGCAAAUAAAAACUCGAUUAGAAGACUCGUUAAUGAAAUUUAAACAAUAUGAAGACAUGCUAGAAAGUAUUUCGACAAACUUAAAUGAAUAUGAACCCUAUAUGAACAAAUCCAUCCAAGAAGAUUGGACGCUAGAAGAAGCUCAGGAACAGCAAACUGUGUACACGAAUCUAUUGAAAAAACUUCAAGACGAAAAAAACCGAUUAGCAUUGGCCGUACAAGCUUGUGAAGCAGCAGUAGCUAGUAUAUCCAGGCCUAGUAGUCCCAUAGAGUCUGCUAAUUCUCAGAUUCCUGAAAAAGAGCUAGCUAUUCGUUUAAGACUCGAGGACUAUCUUGAUCAGAAAAACCAAAAGCCAUCAGAAAUGUCUAAAACAACGUUUUCAAUUGUUGAGCAUUUAGAAGAAACUGGCAUUCCUAAUCAUUUAAUCACAUACACUAACUAUGUACAAAACUUUGCUGACGAAUUAUCAGAGAUGAUAUCCGUUUUACAAAGUAAACACAAUCAACGCACUAAGAUAAAUGAGUGGAUUGAAGAACAAGCGACGGUCUUAAAAACAAUGAGAGAGAAACCUACAAAAAUUAACACGGAGGUCACAGCUCAAGAAAUAUCAAAUCUCAAUGGGCUGUUACAAGAUGUUGACGACAAAAGUAUUGAAAUAACAGAUUUAACAGCCGACAACUCAUCCAGGGAACUCAUUAAAAAUUUAUCCGAAUUAACAGAUAAUAUUACCAAAGUACUCGCAAAAAAACAAUUUGACCAAGACGUGUUGAAAAUGUUCAAAAAAAGCGAAGCUGAUUUGCAAAAUUGGUUCGACAAUUUAUCUAAACAACUCGACUUGUUAGAAAAAGGUAGUGGAAAAACAUGCGAACAGAAAUUAAACCUAUUUAAUUCGAUGAAAGAUGAUUACGUUACAAAUGGUGAAAAACUAUUAGACUCUUUUAAGAUGAAUGGCAAUAAUUUGAAAAAAGUAGUGAGCACAUUGGAUUCUCAGCUACUUGAUGACCAGAUUAAGUCAUCAGAAAGGCGGUACAGAGAUUUUGGUACAAGAAUGGAAAGGAAAUAUGAAAUUUUAGAAAAUUCCAACGCCAAUUUAAUGUACGUCGAAUCGAAAAUGGAAGAAGUCGAAAAAUGGAUCGAGAAGCGAUCUAAGUAUUUGAAUGAAUAUCAUUUUGAUAGCUACGAUUUAGAUGCUAUAGAUAUUUGUUUGGCAAAUUUGAAAACCAUUAACAAAGAAGGAGAUACGCAUAGAAUAUUCUUGAUAGAUUCGUUGACGGUCAAGCUCAAUGCUAUUGAAUUGGAAACUGAACCAAGUGAAUACAACGAUAUUGAAAACAAACUGUACAAACCUACUGUGGCAAAGUUGGACGCGUUUUUGAACAGACUAAACGAAGAAACGAGCAAAGUGAAAAAUGUGCACGAAGCAAGUCAGAAGUACGAUACAUUAUUAAACCAGUGUCUAUCGUGGCUAGAUCGUUGCGAAAAAGAUCUUACACCCGAUAAACAUGCGUUGGAACCCUUAGAGCUGGCGAUCGCUGAAAAAAAUUAUGAAAAUAUUAUGACUACCAAAAAUAGUAUUGUCACUUUUAAAAGUGGCGAACUUACCGAUUUGGAAAAAAGUAGUCAACUACUGUUGACCACGAGUAAAGACGAUGCCAUCUCAGUAAUAAAUACAGAUAUUUCUGGCGUACAUGAAAAAACCAAGUUAGUCGACGAAAUGAUCGUCUUAGCCGAAGAAACGGCUAAAGCAAUUGUAGAUAGCAGAAAACAGUUUGAAAAUAUCUUAAAUCAAUGUCAGCAAUGGUUUGGUGAGGUAGAGGUAAUAAUGUCAGCAGACGUCCGGCUAACAAGUUUGAAAACAAUAGAAGAUCAGUUACAAAAGUAUAACGAACUUGACAAUCGUAGUUCUGAAAUCGACAACAUACUAGAAACGCUUAAAUUGAACAGUCAGGAAAUAAUGUUAUCCGAAUCGGAUACUCUAAAGCUUGGUGAUCAAAUUGUGUCGUUGGAAAAUUCUCAGAAACGAGUAAAGACAACGAUUAAUGAUAGGGUUGAAAUGCUUCAGCAACAUUUAGACAAAAUGAAAAAUAUCGCUAAAACCAUUGAAGAAAGUAAGCAAGUGAUUUCCAAAGUUGAAUCAAAUUUGCAAGAACUAAGUCAACCCGUUGGAAGUACAGUGGAAGAUGUAAAAAACAUGAUCAAUUCAUACGAGGCGUUGUUGGGAGAGCUUAAAGAGUGGAACGAGAAAUUAGGAGACAACGAUACUGAGUCUCUUAGCGAAGUGAUUAAACAUCAAGAAAACUUAAUUAAUACCAUUGAGAAACAGCUGUCGAAACUAAGACAGUUGCUUUAUCUUCACGAACAAUUCAUGGCAUUCAUUUCGGAAAUUACUACUUUCCUGACAAAAUACUCAAGUGUGGUGGAUGAAAUUGGAAAGUCUGAAAAUACCAUACAAAAUAAAAUCAAACGUUUCGAUGAGGUCACAAUUAAAAUUCAAGAGUGUGAGGCAACUCUACUGUUGGCAACCGACAAAGGAGAAAGGAUAGCCGAAGAAGGUUCAGCGUCUGACAGAAACAAUAUUACUCAACAAUUGCAAUCGCUAAAACAACAGUUAUUAACAUUGAGAAAAGCUGUUGAAAAAGAAAGGCAGAAAUUGGAAGCUACUGCAGCAGAGCAUAUCAAAUUGGCUGCUGAUUUAGAAAAAGUUUUGGAUUGGAUACACGAAAAUGAAACUGUUAUUAAGUCUAGACCAUUACUUGACAUUAAUAUGAGUAGUAUUGAAACCGAUUUAAAAGCUCACGAGGAUUUAAACACAAAUGUUAAUAAGCAUUUGGAUCAACUGAAAACAAUAUAUUCUACGGCUCAAAAUCAAAAUAUUACCGAUAGUACAAUGUUAGAAAAUUUGAGCGAAGCUAGUUCCUUCAUGAAUAUUAUUCCAAAAGAAAUGAAAGACAGAGAACUAUAUCUGACUACUAACAAAGAUAACCGUUUUGAAUUCGAACAACUGAAAGACAAAUUCUCAUUGUGGGUCAAAGAAGCAAAACAACUAUUAGACUCGUCCGAAGGAAGUAAAAAUGAUUGCGAAAAUAUCGAAUCAAAUUUGGAAAACUUAAAGGCAUUUUUCAACGACCAUUACAUUAACGAUUUGGUUUCAAAUAAGAUCAAACCAGUAAUCGAUAAAAUACGUCCUUCCUUAAACUCCAAACAAAGUGAAUUCCUAAAGUCUGAACAACAUCGUUUGAACAACGAAGUCGGUGACCUCUUGAAACAAGCGCGUACCGUUCAAACGGAAAAAGAAAACGUCUUGGAGCUGCUAAAGAAAUACAAAAAAGCCGAAGUAAAUGUAUCAUCAAUUAUUAUAGACCACGGCACCAAGUUCAACGAAGAGCCAAUCGGCAAUUUAGCGGGUUUAUAUUUCAACGUUGAAAAACUAACUCUAGCUCAAAACGAUUUGAUUCGUCAACAAAGCGAAUUAGACUCGUUGAAAAAUAUAACCGAACAAAUUCUAGCGACCAUAUCCGAUGGCGACGGAAUUCAAUCCAAGACAGAAUCGUUGCUUAAACAGUGGACGGAACUCACCCAAAAGUUCUCGACCAGAAUAUUAACCGUUUCCGAAAUAGGAAACAAAUGGAAAGCGACCGAAAACGAAUUCCGAAACACGGAAAUUGAGUUGAAUCAAGUUAAAGACUCGUUGGCCAACAUUGAUAUAGUUGUUAGAUCGAAAAAUCAACUGGACGAAUACUUGGUAACUUUACAGAAUCUCGAAGAACGUCUAAAAGUCGCCGGCGUCAAGAUUGAAAGUGUUAAACCUAACUGUAAGAAUAUUCUGGAAUUUUUAAAUUCCGAGUCUCAUCCAGCGUCUACACAAUUGGACGACCUAAUUAAAUCACACGAAACUAAACACAAUGAACUUACAACAGAAUUGACUGAAUCAAUACGCAAGAUUGAAGAUAGCUUGACCGUUUUCAACAGUACUGUAGUUAAACUAGAUGACUUCCAACUAUCACUACAAGCUUUGAAACCUAAAGUUGAAAAUUUCUACAUAUUUGACCAGGACGUCGAGCAAACUGAAAAACUAUUUAAGGAAUUAAACAGAAAAGUGGAAAAUGUAAACAGCGAUUUGAAAAACUACAUUGAACUCACUCACAACAACUAUACAUCUUCACAACAAUUAGUACCCAGCGACUUACUGAGCAAGUUCAAUCCUUUGGAGCUUGUCUCUGAAGAGCUAUCAAGCCUAAUGGAGGCGAACAGCAAAGGAAUGAAACGGGCAAAAACCGUGCGGACUGAGUAUCUUAAAGACGUUGAUGAUGUACAGAGAUGGCUUCAGCAAGCUGAAGUGAAAGUUCAGGACCGUGGCAGUGAACCAAUAAAGAUCAAAGAACAUAUUCAGGUGAUUGAACAAGAGAUCAGCUCUAUAAAUGAUAAACUAGAGAGAGCUAUUGCACAUGGCAAAGAAAUUGUGGACAAGACUAUCGAUGCUGAGGAAAAAGAAAUCAUACCAAAAACCAUCGAGUCUUUGACUAAGGAAAUGAAUCAGGUGAAAAUUUGGUUGAAUGAAAAACGUCACCAGAUUGGCGAUACACUGGACGCUUGGCAAAAAUUCAUGUCUAUUUAUGAUUUAGUGAUGGCUUGGUGCCAAUCAAAAACAAAAUAUUUAGAUGAACCAAUUACAUUGAACAAUCUGGAAGCCGCUAAACAAAAGGCCCAAGAAUUUUCGGCGGCUGUAAAAUCGAGUAAACAACAAAGUAAACAUUUAGCAGAAAUGAGCAAAGAAUUGGAAAUCAUAGCUUUGUCAACAAAUGUUGGAUCUCUGCCGGAAAAACUAGAAGAGGCAAACAAUGCCAAAAAUGAAGUCGAGGGAAAACUGUCAGAAAAGAACGCUCUUUUGCACGAGGCUUGUGAAGAAUGGGAGCAAUUCGAAAGAAAAUUAAAAGAAGUCCGAAUCUUUUUGGAAAAAUCAAAAAAUGUAUUAGAAUCUACUGUUAACAAGAAACGGACAUUAAGAGAACAACACGAUUUAAGGGAAAAGAUGCUCGCUGACAUUGCUAUACAGCGACAAAAAAUUACUUUAUCCACUGAAAAAUUACAGAUCCAUUUCCGCGCAGGAUUUGGUGGCAGCACCAAUAUUGCUUCUGAAGCUAAAGACAUAUUAUUGCAACUAGACGAUUUCUUUAAGAUUGUGGAAGUUCAAGCGCAUAACCUGGAAGAAAGCCUUUCGCAACUUGACAAAUAUCAACAGGAAAUACAACACCUUCGGCAAAAAGUUAUAACAGCUGAACAACAAUUAAGAUUAGUGCAAAGUCCAACAUAUUUACCUCAUGACAGACAAAAGGCUUUGCAAGAACAAAAUGACGUUCGAAACGCACUGGAAACCUAUCGGCGACGUUUGGAUCGCACUGUGAACGCUGUGCGUACGUAUAUCGAACAGUUUAUCGGUGCCAAUCCUUUAAUAGCGUCCACUUCAUGUACAGAUCCUGUGAAUAAUCUUAAGACUCCAUUUAAAAACCGCGAGACAAAAACUCCCCGGAUAGCGUUAAAUUUAACUGAUGCCGCCGAACCGCCGUCGUCUAAAGCGCCUGUAAAAACGCGAUCGCCGUCGCCGUUUUGGGUGAAAGGAGAAACGUCCACUUACUCCGAAGUCGUUAAAAAUGGAAGUGUAUCAAAAACCAACAGCAGACAAACAAGUCCGGAAAAACGUCUAAAAGACGAGCCCGAACAACUUGUGAGCGACCAUACGAGUAGAAGAUCUAGUAGCGAAUUGCUUGAAAAAACCGAGUCAUUAACGACUUUAGAACUUGAAGCGAGUUCCGACAACGGGUCUGGUGCCAAGAAAAAAGUCAAAAGACGAUCGAGGUCCAGAAGGAAUCAUAAGGCCAAGGAAAGCGAAGAAUUACCAGACAUAAAUACUGUCGCCGUACCCAAGCCGGACGCGGCCAAAAGCGAACAGCUUAACACGACGGCCGUAGUGAACGUCAACAUCAAUCCUGAGAUUAUCGUUUCGGAUCCUAAGACCCAACGGAAGCACACACAUCCGGCGGCCGACACUUAUGACACAGCUGCGCCACUGGGUACGCCCGACCAAAGACUUUUGACGAUCGGCCCGUCGACACUGUUGUUUCAGCCGGCGAAUGCGCUCAACUCGUCGUCUAGACCGCAAAGGCUGUCUCUGUCGAGCCUUUCGGACGGCGAGCACUCGGACAGCUGCUUCGACCUUAACGAACGAUUAAAAGGCAUCUUCGGGUCGGUCAACGAAAAACACUAUUACCACCGUCAUCAUCACGUGUCCGUAGACCGGCCGCGUUCCAAGUCCGACACCCGCGACCUUAACAAAUUAAAACAGAUAUUUACCGCCGGUCCGGUAUUAUCAUCAGCUACUUGUUGUACAUCAUCCGCGUGCCGUUUCGAACGUAGCGCCGACAUUAUUACUAAUAGAGACUCCAUUUCCUAUAGACGUUCUUUUGAUAAUCUAUUACUCCCUACCGCUGGAUACGACGUCAUACGAGCCGAUGAACCGUCCGGCGCCAAUAAGCACAGCGAAUUUAAUAUAAAAUCCGACUUGCAGAUGUUGGGUCACGAGAGCAUUCCUGUGGAACUAGCUUUGAAACCAUUUGAAUCUUUUGUAGAGGGGCAAAUUGCUAAACAAGAAUUGACAUCGACCAAAGAAAUGUUAUCUCAUUUGAUCAACCAAGACACUAACACUAACACACCUCAAGAGGAGGUUGUUAGUACUUUGUCUUUAACCGUGAACGAACACGAACAAAUCUUAGAAAAAUUGAGUAACAAGUUCCGUGCUUCAUCUGAUGAUAAAAAUGCCAUUAUACACGAUUUGGACAACAAAGUUUUCGAAUUAAAUCGAACAUUGAAUAAAUAUACUAUUUAUGAAUUCAAUGAAGAGAUCAAGACAAUAUUAACUCGCUUGGAAUUGAUACGUCAAAAAUUCGAAUAUUUACGUCAAAACGUUACACAAGAAUUAGAAACUCAGAAAAACCUAGAAGAAAUUGACGGUCAAGUUCACUAUUAUGAAAAUUGGCUCAUCGAAGAUCAGAAUUAUGAACCAAAAGACAAGAUCGAGAUUGAAGAAAUAAUAAAUGGUUUAGAAAAUAUAUUGAGUCAAUGUAAUUUCCAUCAACAAAAUAUUGAAUACCAGACAAGAGUUUCGAAACUGAACAAUUUAAUUCGACAACUUAAACUAAAACAUAUGAAUGAUACUUCAAAGCAGGGUACAAAAACGUAUGUCGAAAGCACGAAUAUUUCCUCUGAUUUAUUUAGCAUGAAUGCACCUAAAGAUUUAAUAUCUGUUAGCGUUGACAAAUGCAUGAAACUUCCUACUAUCUUUUCCGUUCAUAAACCAUUAUUUACAAACGCAGAACCAAAAAUGGAUCUGAAUAAAGAUACAAAAAAUAAUGAAAUAGAAAAAGAGGUAAGUGACACGAAUGUUCUAAAACGAAGCGAUACUUUAAAAAGUCCAAAACUGGUUAGGAAAGUAGUUCAAGAAAUGCAAAGUGAUAUAGACCAUUUUAAAGAAUCUGAUUCAUCAUUAAACACCUCAAGAAAUAUAAACGAUAAGUCCGCCAAACCAUUUUUCACCUUUAAAUUGCCAAAUGUUUUUGUCAAAAAAUCUAAAACAGUGGACCAAGAAACUGAAUAUUCGCCGUCAAAACAAGAUUUGGGUAAUGAAAACGACAAAAGCAACGUAAAACUAUUAAAGUUUAAAAGAAUCAAUAGUCAAAAUGCAGAAUUGAAUGAGUACCCAACGAAUACCACAGACGCUGAACCAACUAAUGAUAAUGAGAAUACUUUAGUCAAUAUUAAUAAAAGAGUCGCAACAAUAUUGCUAAAAAAUAAAGCGGAUUUAAAAAAUACAACAGAAGUAAAUGAUGAGAAAGAAGUUACACAUAUUCCUGAAAAUCAGUAUAUUAUCAACUCUGAAACUGAUAAUAAAACGAAAGCCAAACAAUUGCAUGUCACCGCUGAAACCGAAAAUCCCGUUGGACAGGUAUUCGAAGAAUAUUCUGGACACAAAGAAUCGGCUAACAAUUUAUUCCCAGAAACCAGAAAUAAUGAUUAUAUGGUAGAAAUAUUUGAUGAACCAGACAAUGUGACACAAAUAUUAUCAACUUCUAGUCAUCAAAAUUAUGAGACUAGAACAAUAACCAAAACACGCAGAAUUAUAAAAAAAAUAGUCUACGUGGAUGGAAAAGAACAAAUUAUUGAAGAAAUAAUAGAAGAACCAGAUAUUAAGAACCAUAAUCAAGAAUUUAGUCAUUUUGUAGAUGCAAUAGAAAAACCUGAAAAUGCUUUUACAUCAAAUCAGUCUAGCACAAUACAAACUAACAGAGAAACUUCCCAUAUAACAAUAACUAAAUCAAAAAAGAUCAUUAGAAAAGUAAUUGUAGUGGACGGUAAAGAAAGUGUAGUGGAAGAAGUCGUAGAAGAAGGGCCACUCAACACAAGUGAAACAUUCACAUCCGAUUACAACCCAUUUUUUAUGGAAACUAAUAGAAAAUCAAUACAAAAUCAAAAUAAAUUGAUUUCGUUAAUAUCUACACCGUUAAAACAAGAAAUUCAAACAACUGAUGUCAUUCCUAACGAAACGAAAAAACAAUCGUUACAAAAAAAUAUCAAAACAGUUGAAGCAGAUAAUAAUUGUCAAGAGUAUGUAAUUAUACCAAGCUCAGAAACUACUAAUAAAAGCAAUCAAUCAAAAGAAAUUAUUGAAAACAAAGGAAGUUUAAAAAAGACAUAUGAUGUCAACAGAGAGGAACCAGUUAAUCAGUACAUAACUAAGGAGCCAGAAAUCGUUGAAGAGAACAAUGGUGAUGUAUUAAAAACGUACUACCAAACUUAUGAAGAAAAAAAACAAACAAAUACACCAGAAAAGUAUGUAAGUUCCAGAGAACAAUCAGGAACAGAUGAAGAAAAUAAAAAAACUACAUUCGUAACUGUUACAAGAACAAGAAAGAUCAUUAAAAAAGUAACUGUAGUAGAUGGUAAGGAAAUAGUAGAAGAACUUGUAGAAGAAUGGCCUAACGAUAAAGAAGAAUGUGGAUUAAAAAUAAAAGGAACAACAAAAGUUGGUUAUAACACAAAAGAGAAUAUCCAUAUUUCAGAAAUACCAGACACAUAUACCAGCGACAACUCGGAUCAAAUUAAAAAUGAAAAUAAAAAAAAAUAUGAAAACAUGGAUGACGGAAACUAUUUAGUUCUUCAACACGAAGAAAAUUCACAAGUGGAAUUACAAAAAGAUGACAAUAAACAUCGAAUAAAAAAAAAAGACAAACUUAAUACCGUAAGCAGAAGUGAAAUAAAACCAAAACACGUCGAAACGAAACCAGAGAAAACACAAUCGUUUUUAAGUAAACUUAUGCGUAAAGAUAAAAAUAAAAUGCCACAAAAGAAAACAGACAUUGAAAAAAGCAUAGCUAAAGAAAACAAAUCAAACGUUAAAUCUUUCAUAGAACAUGAGCAGGAAGCGUUUAAAAUAAACGAAACGAAUAUCACUGGUAAACUGGACGUCAAGACGCCCAAAGCGGUUGAUUUGCCAUCAGUUGACGUUAAAUCACCACAAGUGUCGGCCAAAGUCGACAUCACAUCUCCGAAAAUCGGUAAACCCGAGUUCGAAUUACCUACGGUCGACAUCAAGACACCGGGCUUAUCCGAAAAAAUUGACGUCAAAGUAUCGAAAACAAUUGACGUGGACGUGCCUAAGGUAGCCGUGCCCGCAGUGGACAUAAAAACACCGAAAUUCUUUGGUACAGCUGACGUGAAAUUGCCAAAAGCGGUCGACGUUCACAUUCCAAAAGUCGAUAUUCCGUCAGCCGAUCUUAAAUCACCAACAGUAUCUGGUAAGGUUGACAUCAAAUCACCAAAAGCAGUUGAUAUCACCCUGCCCCACGUGGAAUUGCCGAAGGUAGACUUUAAGUCAUCGGAAAUUUCCGAAAACCUGGACGUCCAUGUAUCAAAACCAACGGUGGACGUCGACGUGCCACAGGUAAAAUUGCCUGCAGUGGACAUAAAAACACCGGUAAUUGGCGGAAAGGUCGAUGUCAAAUUGCCCGAAUCCGUUGACUCGAAACCAGAAAAACACCAGUCGUUUUUGGGUAAACUAAUGCGUAAAGGCAAAAAGGACACGCCGCAGAAAUCAUUGGACAUUGACAUAGACACCGACAUUGUAGCUAAAACGGAAGUCACGUCUUUCUUGGACCAAGAGAGACAGGCGUUCGAAGUACCGGACCCGAAUUUGAAUUUGUCUGCAUCAUUACCGACCAUCGACGCACGAGUAGACGUUUCGGCUACUGACGAAUCUGCCGACUCGAAAUCACCAAGUGCUAAGUCGAGAAAGUCGAAGAAACCUAAAACUGAACAGACCGUACCACAAAUAAACAAACCGGCGGCUGAUGGCAAGGUUGAUAUCAAAUAUACCACAGGUGUCGAUAUUAAAUUACCUAAAGUCGACCUGCCAACGGUUGACGUUAAAACGCCGACAGUAUCCGGAAUCGUAGACUUACACGCACCGAAGACAUUUGACGUCAACGUGCCUCACGUCGACGUUCCGGCAGCUGACAUUAAAACACCGCAGAUCACCGGUAAACUGGACGUCAAGAAGCCAAAAGCGAUUGACGUUAAGAUUCCAACGGUCGAUUUGCCAUCAGUUGACGUUAAAUCACCACAAGUGUCGGCCAAAGUCGACAUCACAUCUCCGAAAAUCGGUAAACCCGAGUUCGAAUUACCUACGGUCGACAUCAAGACACCGGGCUUAUCCGAAAAAAUUGACGUCAAAGUAUCGAAAACAAUUGACGUGGACGUGCCUAAGGUAGCCGUGCCCGCAGUGGACAUAAAAACACCGAAAUUCUUUGGUACAGCUGACGUGAAAUUGCCAAAAGCGGUCGACGUUCACAUUCCAAAAGUCGAUAUUCCGUCAGCCGAUCUUAAAUCACCAACAGUAUCUGGUAAGGUUGACAUCAAAUCACCAAAAGCAGUUGAUAUCACCCUGCCCCACGUGGAAUUGCCGAAGGUAGACUUUAAGUCAUCGGAAAUUUCCGAAAACCUGGACGUCCAUGUAUCAAAACCAACGGUGGACGUCGACGUGCCACAGGUAAAAUUGCCUGCAGUGGACAUAAAAACACCGGUAAUUGGCGGAAAGGUCGAUGUCAAAUUGCCCGAAUCCGUUGACUCGAAACCAGAAAAACACCAGUCGUUUUUGGGUAAACUAAUGCGUAAAGGCAAAAAGGACACGCCGCAGAAAUCAUUGGACAUUGACAUAGACACCGACAUUGUAGCUAAAACGGAAGUCACGUCUUUCUUGGACCAAGAGAGACAGGCGUUCGAAGUACCGGACCCGAAUUUGAAUUUGUCUGCAUCAUUACCGACCAUCGACGCACGAGUAGACGUUUCGGCUACUGACGAAUCUGCCGACUCGAAAUCACCAAGUGCUAAGUCGAGAAAGUCGAAGAAACCUAAAACUGAACAGACCGUACCACAAAUAAACAAACCGGCGGCUGAUGGCAAGGUUGAUAUCAAAUAUACCACAGGUGUCGAUAUUAAAUUACCUAAAGUCGACCUGCCAACGGUUGACGUUAAAACGCCGACAGUAUCCGGAAUCGUAGACUUACACGCACCGAAGACAUUUGACGUCAACGUGCCUCACGUCGACGUUCCGGCAGCUGACAUUAAAACACCGCAGAUCACCGGUAAACUGGACGUCAAGAAGCCAAAAGCGAUUGACGUUAAGAUUCCAACGGUCGAUUUGCCAUCAGUUGACGUUAAAUCACCACAAGUGUCGGCCAAAGUCGACAUCACAUCUCCGAAAAUCGGUAAACCCGAGUUCGAAUUACCUACGGUCGACAUCAAGACACCGGGCUUAUCCGAAAAAAUUGACGUCAAAGUAUCGAAAACAAUUGACGUGGACGUGCCUAAGGUAGCCGUGCCCGCAGUGGACAUAAAAACACCGAAAUUCUUUGGUACAGCUGACGUGAAAUUGCCAAAAGCGGUCGACGUUCACAUUCCAAAAGUCGAUAUUCCGUCAGCCGAUCUUAAAUCACCAACAGUAUCUGGUAAGGUUGACAUCAAAUCACCAAAAGCAGUUGAUAUCACCCUGCCCCACGUGGAAUUGCCGAAGGUAGACUUUAAGUCAUCGGAAAUUUCCGAAAACCUGGACGUCCAUGUAUCAAAACCAACGGUGGACGUCGACGUGCCACAGGUAAAAUUGCCUGCAGUGGACAUAAAAACACCGGUAAUUGGCGGAAAGGUCGAUGUCAAAUUGCCCGAAUCCGUUGACUCGAAACCAGAAAAACACCAGUCGUUUUUGGGUAAACUAAUGCGUAAAGGCAAAAAGGACACGCCGCAGAAAUCAUUGGACAUUGACAUAGACACCGACAUUGUAGCUAAAACGGAAGUCACGUCUUUCUUGGACCAAGAGAGACAGGCGUUCGAAGUACCGGACCCGAAUUUGAAUUUGUCUGCAUCAUUACCGACCAUCGACGCACGAGUAGACGUUUCGGCUACUGACGAAUCUGCCGACUCGAAAUCACCAAGUGCUAAGUCGAGAAAGUCGAAGAAACCUAAAACUGAACAGACCGUACCACAAAUAAACAAACCGGCGGCUGAUGGCAAGGUUGAUAUCAAAUAUACCACAGGUGUCGAUAUUAAAUUACCUAAAGUCGACCUGCCAACGGUUGACGUUAAAACGCCGACAGUAUCCGGAAUCGUAGACUUACACGCACCGAAGACAUUUGACGUCAACGUGCCUCACGUCGACGUUCCGGCAGCUGACAUUAAAACACCGCAGAUCACCGGUAAACUGGACGUCAAGAAGCCAAAAGCGAUUGACGUUAAGAUUCCAACGGUCGAUUUGCCAUCAGUUGACGUUAAAUCACCACAAGUGUCGGCCAAAGUCGACAUCACAUCUCCGAAAAUCGGUAAACCCGAGUUCGAAUUACCUACGGUCGACAUCAAGACACCGGGCUUAUCCGAAAAAAUUGACGUCAAAGUAUCGAAAACAAUUGACGUGGACGUGCCUAAGGUAGCCGUGCCCGCAGUGGACAUAAAAACACCGAAAUUCUUUGGUACAGCUGACGUGAAAUUGCCAAAAGCGGUCGACGUUCACAUUCCAAAAGUCGAUAUUCCGUCAGCCGAUCUUAAAUCACCAACAGUAUCUGGUAAGGUUGACAUCAAAUCACCAAAAGCAGUUGAUAUCACCCUGCCCCACGUGGAAUUGCCGAAGGUAGACUUUAAGUCAUCGGAAAUUUCCGAAAACCUGGACGUCCAUGUAUCAAAACCAACGGUGGACGUCGACGUGCCACAGGUAAAAUUGCCUGCAGUGGACAUAAAAACACCGGUAAUUGGCGGAAAGGUCGAUGUCAAAUUGCCCGAAUCCGUUGACUCGAAACCAGAAAAACACCAGUCGUUUUUGGGUAAACUAAUGCGUAAAGGCAAAAAGGACACGCCGCAGAAAUCAUUGGACAUUGACAUAGACACCGACAUUGUAGCUAAAACGGAAGUCACGUCUUUCUUGGACCAAGAGAGACAGGCGUUCGAAGUACCGGACCCGAAUUUGAAUUUGUCUGCAUCAUUACCGACCAUCGACGCACGAGUAGACGUUUCGGCUACUGACGAAUCUGCCGACUCGAAAUCACCAAGUGCUAAGUCGAGAAAGUCGAAGAAACCUAAAACUGAACAGACCGUACCACAAAUAAACAAACCGGCGGCUGAUGGCAAGGUUGAUAUCAAAUAUACCACAGGUGUCGAUAUUAAAUUACCUAAAGUCGACCUGCCAACGGUUGACGUUAAAACGCCGACAGUAUCCGGAAUCGUAGACUUACACGCACCGAAGACAUUUGACGUCAACGUGCCUCACGUCGACGUUCCGGCAGCUGACAUUAAAACACCGCAGAUCACCGGUAAACUGGACGUCAAGAAGCCAAAAGCGAUUGACGUUAAGAUUCCAACGGUCGAUUUGCCAUCAGUUGACGUUAAAUCACCACAAGUGUCGGCCAAAGUCGACAUCACAUCUCCGAAAAUCGGUAAACCCGAGUUCGAAUUACCUACGGUCGACAUCAAGACACCGGGCUUAUCCGAAAAAAUUGACGUCAAAGUAUCGAAAACAAUUGACGUGGACGUGCCUAAGGUAGCCGUGCCCGCAGUGGACAUAAAAACACCGAAAUUCUUUGGUACAGCUGACGUGAAAUUGCCAAAAGCGGUCGACGUUCACAUUCCAAAAGUCGAUAUUCCGUCAGCCGAUCUUAAAUCACCAACAGUAUCUGGUAAGGUUGACAUCAAAUCACCAAAAGCAGUUGAUAUCACCCUGCCCCACGUGGAAUUGCCGAAGGUAGACUUUAAGUCAUCGGAAAUUUCCGAAAACCUGGACGUCCAUGUAUCAAAACCAACGGUGGACGUCGACGUGCCACAGGUAAAAUUGCCUGCAGUGGACAUAAAAACACCGGUAAUUGGCGGAAAGGUCGAUGUCAAAUUGCCCGAAUCCGUUGACUCGAAACCAGAAAAACACCAGUCGUUUUUGGGUAAACUAAUGCGUAAAGGCAAAAAGGACACGCCGCAGAAAUCAUUGGACAUUGACAUAGACACCGACAUUGUAGCUAAAACGGAAGUCACGUCUUUCUUGGACCAAGAGAGACAGGCGUUCGAAGUACCGGACCCGAAUUUGAAUUUGUCUGCAUCAUUACCGACCAUCGACGCACGAGUAGACGUUUCGGCUACUGACGAAUCUGCCGACUCGAAAUCACCAAGUGCUAAGUCGAGAAAGUCGAAGAAACCUAAAACUGAACAGACCGUACCACAAAUAAACAAACCGGCGGCUGAUGGCAAGGUUGAUAUCAAAUAUACCACAGGUGUCGAUAUUAAAUUACCUAAAGUCGACCUGCCAACGGUUGACGUUAAAACGCCGACAGUAUCCGGAAUCGUAGACUUACACGCACCGAAGACAUUUGACGUCAACGUGCCUCACGUCGACGUUCCGGCAGCUGACAUUAAAACACCGCAGAUCACCGGUAAACUGGACGUCAAGAAGCCAAAAGCGAUUGACGUUAAGAUUCCAACGGUCGAUUUGCCAUCAGUUGACGUUAAAUCACCACAAGUGUCGGCCAAAGUCGACAUCACAUCUCCGAAAAUCGGUAAACCCGAGUUCGAAUUACCUACGGUCGACAUCAAGACACCGGGCUUAUCCGAAAAAAUUGACGUCAAAGUAUCGAAAACAAUUGACGUGGACGUGCCUAAGGUAGCCGUGCCCGCAGUGGACAUAAAAACACCGAAAUUCUUUGGUACAGCUGACGUGAAAUUGCCAAAAGCGGUCGACGUUCACAUUCCAAAAGUCGAUAUUCCGUCAGCCGAUCUUAAAUCACCAACAGUAUCUGGUAAGGUUGACAUCAAAUCACCAAAAGCAGUUGAUAUCACCCUGCCCCACGUGGAAUUGCCGAAGGUAGACUUUAAGUCAUCGGAAAUUUCCGAAAACCUGGACGUCCAUGUAUCAAAACCAACGGUGGACGUCGACGUGCCACAGGUAAAAUUGCCUGCAGUGGACAUAAAAACACCGGUAAUUGGCGGAAAGGUCGAUGUCAAAUUGCCCGAAUCCGUUGACUCGAAACCAGAAAAACACCAGUCGUUUUUGGGUAAACUAAUGCGUAAAGGCAAAAAGGACACGCCGCAGAAAUCAUUGGACAUUGACAUAGACACCGACAUUGUAGCUAAAACGGAAGUCACGUCUUUCUUGGACCAAGAGAGACAGGCGUUCGAAGUACCGGACCCGAAUUUGAAUUUGUCUGCAUCAUUACCGACCAUCGACGCACGAGUAGACGUUUCGGCUACUGACGAAUCUGCCGACUCGAAAUCACCAAGUGCUAAGUCGAGAAAGUCGAAGAAACCUAAAACUGAACAGACCGUACCACAAAUAAACAAACCGGCGGCUGAUGGCAAGGUUGAUAUCAAAUAUACCACAGGUGUCGAUAUUAAAUUACCUAAAGUCGACCUGCCAACGGUUGACGUUAAAACGCCGACAGUAUCCGGAAUCGUAGACUUACACGCACCGAAGACAUUUGACGUCAACGUGCCUCACGUCGACGUUCCGGCAGCUGACAUUAAAACACCGCAGAUCACCGGUAAACUGGACGUCAAGAAGCCAAAAGCGAUUGACGUUAAGAUUCCAACGGUCGAUUUGCCAUCAGUUGACGUUAAAUCACCACAAGUGUCGGCCAAAGUCGACAUCACAUCUCCGAAAAUCGGUAAACCCGAGUUCGAAUUACCUACGGUCGACAUCAAGACACCGGGCUUAUCCGAAAAAAUUGACGUCAAAGUAUCGAAAACAAUUGACGUGGACGUGCCUAAGGUAGCCGUGCCCGCAGUGGACAUAAAAACACCGAAAUUCUUUGGUACAGCUGACGUGAAAUUGCCAAAAGCGGUCGACGUUCACAUUCCAAAAGUCGAUAUUCCGUCAGCCGAUCUUAAAUCACCAACAGUAUCUGGUAAGGUUGACAUCAAAUCACCAAAAGCAGUUGAUAUCACCCUGCCCCACGUGGAAUUGCCGAAGGUAGACUUUAAGUCAUCGGAAAUUUCCGAAAACCUGGACGUCCAUGUAUCAAAACCAACGGUGGACGUCGACGUGCCACAGGUAAAAUUGCCUGCAGUGGACAUAAAAACACCGGUAAUUGGCGGAAAGGUCGAUGUCAAAUUGCCCGAAUCCGUUGACUCGAAACCAGAAAAACACCAGUCGUUUUUGGGUAAACUAAUGCGUAAAGGCAAAAAGGACACGCCGCAGAAAUCAUUGGACAUUGACAUAGACACCGACAUUGUAGCUAAAACGGAAGUCACGUCUUUCUUGGACCAAGAGAGACAGGCGUUCGAAGUACCGGACCCGAAUUUGAAUUUGUCUGCAUCAUUACCGACCAUCGACGCACGAGUAGACGUUUCGGCUACUGACGAAUCUGCCGACUCGAAAUCACCAAGUGCUAAGUCGAGAAAGUCGAAGAAACCUAAAACUGAACAGACCGUACCACAAAUAAACAAACCGGCGGCUGAUGGCAAGGUUGAUAUCAAAUAUACCACAGGUGUCGAUAUUAAAUUACCUAAAGUCGACCUGCCAACGGUUGACGUUAAAACGCCGACAGUAUCCGGAAUCGUAGACUUACACGCACCGAAGACAUUUGACGUCAACGUGCCUCACGUCGACGUUCCGGCAGCUGACAUUAAAACACCGCAGAUCACCGGUAAACUGGACGUCAAGAAGCCAAAAGCGAUUGACGUUAAGAUUCCAACGGUCGAUUUGCCAUCAGUUGACGUUAAAUCACCACAAGUGUCGGCCAAAGUCGACAUCACAUCUCCGAAAAUCGGUAAACCCGAGUUCGAAUUACCUACGGUCGACAUCAAGACACCGGGCUUAUCCGAAAAAAUUGACGUCAAAGUAUCGAAAACAAUUGACGUGGACGUGCCUAAGGUAGCCGUGCCCGCAGUGGACAUAAAAACACCGAAAUUCUUUGGUACAGCUGACGUGAAAUUGCCAAAAGCGGUCGACGUUCACAUUCCAAAAGUCGAUAUUCCGUCAGCCGAUCUUAAAUCACCAACAGUAUCUGGUAAGGUUGACAUCAAAUCACCAAAAGCAGUUGAUAUCACCCUGCCCCACGUGGAAUUGCCGAAGGUAGACUUUAAGUCAUCGGAAAUUUCCGAAAACCUGGACGUCCAUGUAUCAAAACCAACGGUGGACGUCGACGUGCCACAGGUAAAAUUGCCUGCAGUGGACAUAAAAACACCGGUAAUUGGCGGAAAGGUCGAUGUCAAAUUGCCCGAAUCCGUUGACUCGAAACCAGAAAAACACCAGUCGUUUUUGGGUAAACUAAUGCGUAAAGGCAAAAAGGACACGCCGCAGAAAUCAUUGGACAUUGACAUAGACACCGACAUUGUAGCUAAAACGGAAGUCACGUCUUUCUUGGACCAAGAGAGACAGGCGUUCGAAGUACCGGACCCGAAUUUGAAUUUGUCUGCAUCAUUACCGACCAUCGACGCACGAGUAGACGUUUCGGCUACUGACGAAUCUGCCGACUCGAAAUCACCAAGUGCUAAGUCGAGAAAGUCGAAGAAACCUAAAACUGAACAGACCGUACCACAAAUAAACAAACCGGCGGCUGAUGGCAAGGUUGAUAUCAAAUAUACCACAGGUGUCGAUAUUAAAUUACCUAAAGUCGACCUGCCAACGGUUGACGUUAAAACGCCGACAGUAUCCGGAAUCGUAGACUUACACGCACCGAAGACAUUUGACGUCAACGUGCCUCACGUCGACGUUCCGGCAGCUGACAUUAAAACACCGCAGAUCACCGGUAAACUGGACGUCAAGAAGCCAAAAGCGAUUGACGUUAAGAUUCCAACGGUCGAUUUGCCAUCAGUUGACGUUAAAUCACCACAAGUGUCGGCCAAAGUCGACAUCACAUCUCCGAAAAUCGGUAAACCCGAGUUCGAAUUACCUACGGUCGACAUCAAGACACCGGGCUUAUCCGAAAAAAUUGACGUCAAAGUAUCGAAAACAAUUGACGUGGACGUGCCUAAGGUAGCCGUGCCCGCAGUGGACAUAAAAACACCGAAAUUCUUUGGUACAGCUGACGUGAAAUUGCCAAAAGCGGUCGACGUUCACAUUCCAAAAGUCGAUAUUCCGUCAGCCGAUCUUAAAUCACCAACAGUAUCUGGUAAGGUUGACAUCAAAUCACCAAAAGCAGUUGAUAUCACCCUGCCCCACGUGGAAUUGCCGAAGGUAGACUUUAAGUCAUCGGAAAUUUCCGAAAACCUGGACGUCCAUGUAUCAAAACCAACGGUGGACGUCGACGUGCCACAGGUAAAAUUGCCUGCAGUGGACAUAAAAACACCGGUAAUUGGCGGAAAGGUCGAUGUCAAAUUGCCCGAAUCCGUUGACUCGAAACCAGAAAAACACCAGUCGUUUUUGGGUAAACUAAUGCGUAAAGGCAAAAAGGACACGCCGCAGAAAUCAUUGGACAUUGACAUAGACACCGACAUUGUAGCUAAAACGGAAGUCACGUCUUUCUUGGACCAAGAGAGACAGGCGUUCGAAGUACCGGACCCGAAUUUGAAUUUGUCUGCAUCAUUACCGACCAUCGACGCACGAGUAGACGUUUCGGCUACUGACGAAUCUGCCGACUCGAAAUCACCAAGUGCUAAGUCGAGAAAGUCGAAGAAACCUAAAACUGAACAGACCGUACCACAAAUAAACAAACCGGCGGCUGAUGGCAAGGUUGAUAUCAAAUAUACCACAGGUGUCGAUAUUAAAUUACCUAAAGUCGACCUGCCAACGGUUGACGUUAAAACGCCGACAGUAUCCGGAAUCGUAGACUUACACGCACCGAAGACAUUUGACGUCAACGUGCCUCACGUCGACGUUCCGGCAGCUGACAUUAAAACACCGCAGAUCACCGGUAAACUGGACGUCAAGAAGCCAAAAGCGAUUGACGUUAAGAUUCCAACGGUCGAUUUGCCAUCAGUUGACGUUAAAUCACCACAAGUGUCGGCCAAAGUCGACAUCACAUCUCCGAAAAUCGGUAAACCCGAGUUCGAAUUACCUACGGUCGACAUCAAGACACCGGGCUUAUCCGAAAAAAUUGACGUCAAAGUAUCGAAAACAAUUGACGUGGACGUGCCUAAGGUAGCCGUGCCCGCAGUGGACAUAAAAACACCGAAAUUCUUUGGUACAGCUGACGUGAAAUUGCCAAAAGCGGUCGACGUUCACAUUCCAAAAGUCGAUAUUCCGUCAGCCGAUCUUAAAUCACCAACAGUAUCUGGUAAGGUUGACAUCAAAUCACCAAAAGCAGUUGAUAUCACCCUGCCCCACGUGGAAUUGCCGAAGGUAGACUUUAAGUCAUCGGAAAUUUCCGAAAACCUGGACGUCCAUGUAUCAAAACCAACGGUGGACGUCGACGUGCCACAGGUAAAAUUGCCUGCAGUGGACAUAAAAACACCGGUAAUUGGCGGAAAGGUCGAUGUCAAAUUGCCCGAAUCCGUUGACUCGAAACCAGAAAAACACCAGUCGUUUUUGGGUAAACUAAUGCGUAAAGGCAAAAAGGACACGCCGCAGAAAUCAUUGGACAUUGACAUAGACACCGACAUUGUAGCUAAAACGGAAGUCACGUCUUUCUUGGACCAAGAGAGACAGGCGUUCGAAGUACCGGACCCGAAUUUGAAUUUGUCUGCAUCAUUACCGACCAUCGACGCACGAGUAGACGUUUCGGCUACUGACGAAUCUGCCGACUCGAAAUCACCAAGUGCUAAGUCGAGAAAGUCGAAGAAACCUAAAACUGAACAGACCGUACCACAAAUAAACAAACCGGCGGCUGAUGGCAAGGUUGAUAUCAAAUAUACCACAGGUGUCGAUAUUAAAUUACCUAAAGUCGACCUGCCAACGGUUGACGUUAAAACGCCGACAGUAUCCGGAAUCGUAGACUUACACGCACCGAAGACAUUUGACGUCAACGUGCCUCACGUCGACGUUCCGGCAGCUGACAUUAAAACACCGCAGAUCACCGGUAAACUGGACGUCAAGAAGCCAAAAGCGAUUGACGUUAAGAUUCCAACGGUCGAUUUGCCAUCAGUUGACGUUAAAUCACCACAAGUGUCGGCCAAAGUCGACAUCACAUCUCCGAAAAUCGGUAAACCCGAGUUCGAAUUACCUACGGUCGACAUCAAGACACCGGGCUUAUCCGAAAAAAUUGACGUCAAAGUAUCGAAAACAAUUGACGUGGACGUGCCUAAGGUAGCCGUGCCCGCAGUGGACAUAAAAACACCGAAAUUCUUUGGUACAGCUGACGUGAAAUUGCCAAAAGCGGUCGACGUUCACAUUCCAAAAGUCGAUAUUCCGUCAGCCGAUCUUAAAUCACCAACAGUAUCUGGUAAGGUUGACAUCAAAUCACCAAAAGCAGUUGAUAUCACCCUGCCCCACGUGGAAUUGCCGAAGGUAGACUUUAAGUCAUCGGAAAUUUCCGAAAACCUGGACGUCCAUGUAUCAAAACCAACGGUGGACGUCGACGUGCCACAGGUAAAAUUGCCUGCAGUGGACAUAAAAACACCGGUAAUUGGCGGAAAGGUCGAUGUCAAAUUGCCCGAAUCCGUUGACUCGAAACCAGAAAAACACCAGUCGUUUUUGGGUAAACUAAUGCGUAAAGGCAAAAAGGACACGCCGCAGAAAUCAUUGGACAUUGACAUAGACACCGACAUUGUAGCUAAAACGGAAGUCACGUCUUUCUUGGACCAAGAGAGACAGGCGUUCGAAGUACCGGACCCGAAUUUGAAUUUGUCUGCAUCAUUACCGACCAUCGACGCACGAGUAGACGUUUCGGCUACUGACGAAUCUGCCGACUCGAAAUCACCAAGUGCUAAGUCGAGAAAGUCGAAGAAACCUAAAACUGAACAGACCGUACCACAAAUAAACAAACCGGCGGCUGAUGGCAAGGUUGAUAUCAAAUAUACCACAGGUGUCGAUAUUAAAUUACCUAAAGUCGACCUGCCAACGGUUGACGUUAAAACGCCGACAGUAUCCGGAAUCGUAGACUUACACGCACCGAAGACAUUUGACGUCAACGUGCCUCACGUCGACGUUCCGGCAGCUGACAUUAAAACACCGCAGAUCACCGGUAAACUGGACGUCAAGAAGCCAAAAGCGAUUGACGUUAAGAUUCCAACGGUCGAUUUGCCAUCAGUUGACGUUAAAUCACCACAAGUGUCGGCCAAAGUCGACAUCACAUCUCCGAAAAUCGGUAAACCCGAGUUCGAAUUACCUACGGUCGACAUCAAGACACCGGGCUUAUCCGAAAAAAUUGACGUCAAAGUAUCGAAAACAAUUGACGUGGACGUGCCUAAGGUAGCCGUGCCCGCAGUGGACAUAAAAACACCGAAAUUCUUUGGUACAGCUGACGUGAAAUUGCCAAAAGCGGUCGACGUUCACAUUCCAAAAGUCGAUAUUCCGUCAGCCGAUCUUAAAUCACCAACAGUAUCUGGUAAGGUUGACAUCAAAUCACCAAAAGCAGUUGAUAUCACCCUGCCCCACGUGGAAUUGCCGAAGGUAGACUUUAAGUCAUCGGAAAUUUCCGAAAACCUGGACGUCCAUGUAUCAAAACCAACGGUGGACGUCGACGUGCCACAGGUAAAAUUGCCUGCAGUGGACAUAAAAACACCGGUAAUUGGCGGAAAGGUCGAUGUCAAAUUGCCCGAAUCCGUUGACUCGAAACCAGAAAAACACCAGUCGUUUUUGGGUAAACUAAUGCGUAAAGGCAAAAAGGACACGCCGCAGAAAUCAUUGGACAUUGACAUAGACACCGACAUUGUAGCUAAAACGGAAGUCACGUCUUUCUUGGACCAAGAGAGACAGGCGUUCGAAGUACCGGACCCGAAUUUGAAUUUGUCUGCAUCAUUACCGACCAUCGACGCACGAGUAGACGUUUCGGCUACUGACGAAUCUGCCGACUCGAAAUCACCAAGUGCUAAGUCGAGAAAGUCGAAGAAACCUAAAACUGAACAGACCGUACCACAAAUAAACAAACCGGCGGCUGAUGGCAAGGUUGAUAUCAAAUAUACCACAGGUGUCGAUAUUAAAUUACCUAAAGUCGACCUGCCAACGGUUGACGUUAAAACGCCGACAGUAUCCGGAAUCGUAGACUUACACGCACCGAAGACAUUUGACGUCAACGUGCCUCACGUCGACGUUCCGGCAGCUGACAUUAAAACACCGCAGAUCACCGGUAAACUGGACGUCAAGAAGCCAAAAGCGAUUGACGUUAAGAUUCCAACGGUCGAUUUGCCAUCAGUUGACGUUAAAUCACCACAAGUGUCGGCCAAAGUCGACAUCACAUCUCCGAAAAUCGGUAAACCCGAGUUCGAAUUACCUACGGUCGACAUCAAGACACCGGGCUUAUCCGAAAAAAUUGACGUCAAAGUAUCGAAAACAAUUGACGUGGACGUGCCUAAGGUAGCCGUGCCCGCAGUGGACAUAAAAACACCGAAAUUCUUUGGUACAGCUGACGUGAAAUUGCCAAAAGCGGUCGACGUUCACAUUCCAAAAGUCGAUAUUCCGUCAGCCGAUCUUAAAUCACCAACAGUAUCUGGUAAGGUUGACAUCAAAUCACCAAAAGCAGUUGAUAUCACCCUGCCCCACGUGGAAUUGCCGAAGGUAGACUUUAAGUCAUCGGAAAUUUCCGAAAACCUGGACGUCCAUGUAUCAAAACCAACGGUGGACGUCGACGUGCCACAGGUAAAAUUGCCUGCAGUGGACAUAAAAACACCGGUAAUUGGCGGAAAGGUCGAUGUCAAAUUGCCCGAAUCCGUUGACUCGAAACCAGAAAAACACCAGUCGUUUUUGGGUAAACUAAUGCGUAAAGGCAAAAAGGACACGCCGCAGAAAUCAUUGGACAUUGACAUAGACACCGACAUUGUAGCUAAAACGGAAGUCACGUCUUUCUUGGACCAAGAGAGACAGGCGUUCGAAGUACCGGACCCGAAUUUGAAUUUGUCUGCAUCAUUACCGACCAUCGACGCACGAGUAGACGUUUCGGCUACUGACGAAUCUGCCGACUCGAAAUCACCAAGUGCUAAGUCGAGAAAGUCGAAGAAACCUAAAACUGAACAGACCGUACCACAAAUAAACAAACCGGCGGCUGAUGGCAAGGUUGAUAUCAAAUAUACCACAGGUGUCGAUAUUAAAUUACCUAAAGUCGACCUGCCAACGGUUGACGUUAAAACGCCGACAGUAUCCGGAAUCGUAGACUUACACGCACCGAAGACAUUUGACGUCAACGUGCCUCACGUCGACGUUCCGGCAGCUGACAUUAAAACACCGCAGAUCACCGGUAAACUGGACGUCAAGAAGCCAAAAGCGAUUGACGUUAAGAUUCCAACGGUCGAUUUGCCAUCAGUUGACGUUAAAUCACCACAAGUGUCGGCCAAAGUCGACAUCACAUCUCCGAAAAUCGGUAAACCCGAGUUCGAAUUACCUACGGUCGACAUCAAGACACCGGGCUUAUCCGAAAAAAUUGACGUCAAAGUAUCGAAAACAAUUGACGUGGACGUGCCUAAGGUAGCCGUGCCCGCAGUGGACAUAAAAACACCGAAAUUCUUUGGUACAGCUGACGUGAAAUUGCCAAAAGCGGUCGACGUUCACAUUCCAAAAGUCGAUAUUCCGUCAGCCGAUCUUAAAUCACCAACAGUAUCUGGUAAGGUUGACAUCAAAUCACCAAAAGCAGUUGAUAUCACCCUGCCCCACGUGGAAUUGCCGAAGGUAGACUUUAAGUCAUCGGAAAUUUCCGAAAACCUGGACGUCCAUGUAUCAAAACCAACGGUGGACGUCGACGUGCCACAGGUAAAAUUGCCUGCAGUGGACAUAAAAACACCGGUAAUUGGCGGAAAGGUCGAUGUCAAAUUGCCCGAAUCCGUUGACUCGAAACCAGAAAAACACCAGUCGUUUUUGGGUAAACUAAUGCGUAAAGGCAAAAAGGACACGCCGCAGAAAUCAUUGGACAUUGACAUAGACACCGACAUUGUAGCUAAAACGGAAGUCACGUCUUUCUUGGACCAAGAGAGACAGGCGUUCGAAGUACCGGACCCGAAUUUGAAUUUGUCUGCAUCAUUACCGACCAUCGACGCACGAGUAGACGUUUCGGCUACUGACGAAUCUGCCGACUCGAAAUCACCAAGUGCUAAGUCGAGAAAGUCGAAGAAACCUAAAACUGAACAGACCGUACCACAAAUAAACAAACCGGCGGCUGAUGGCAAGGUUGAUAUCAAAUAUACCACAGGUGUCGAUAUUAAAUUACCUAAAGUCGACCUGCCAACGGUUGACGUUAAAACGCCGACAGUAUCCGGAAUCGUAGACUUACACGCACCGAAGACAUUUGACGUCAACGUGCCUCACGUCGACGUUCCGGCAGCUGACAUUAAAACACCGCAGAUCACCGGUAAACUGGACGUCAAGAAGCCAAAAGCGAUUGACGUUAAGAUUCCAACGGUCGAUUUGCCAUCAGUUGACGUUAAAUCACCACAAGUGUCGGCCAAAGUCGACAUCACAUCUCCGAAAAUCGGUAAACCCGAGUUCGAAUUACCUACGGUCGACAUCAAGACACCGGGCUUAUCCGAAAAAAUUGACGUCAAAGUAUCGAAAACAAUUGACGUGGACGUGCCUAAGGUAGCCGUGCCCGCAGUGGACAUAAAAACACCGAAAUUCUUUGGUACAGCUGACGUGAAAUUGCCAAAAGCGGUCGACGUUCACAUUCCAAAAGUCGAUAUUCCGUCAGCCGAUCUUAAAUCACCAACAGUAUCUGGUAAGGUUGACAUCAAAUCACCAAAAGCAGUUGAUAUCACCCUGCCCCACGUGGAAUUGCCGAAGGUAGACUUUAAGUCAUCGGAAAUUUCCGAAAACCUGGACGUCCAUGUAUCAAAACCAACGGUGGACGUCGACGUGCCACAGGUAAAAUUGCCUGCAGUGGACAUAAAAACACCGGUAAUUGGCGGAAAGGUCGAUGUCAAAUUGCCCGAAUCCGUUGACUCGAAACCAGAAAAACACCAGUCGUUUUUGGGUAAACUAAUGCGUAAAGGCAAAAAGGACACGCCGCAGAAAUCAUUGGACAUUGACAUAGACACCGACAUUGUAGCUAAAACGGAAGUCACGUCUUUCUUGGACCAAGAGAGACAGGCGUUCGAAGUACCGGACCCGAAUUUGAAUUUGUCUGCAUCAUUACCGACCAUCGACGCACGAGUAGACGUUUCGGCUACUGACGAAUCUGCCGACUCGAAAUCACCAAGUGCUAAGUCGAGAAAGUCGAAGAAACCUAAAACUGAACAGACCGUACCACAAAUAAACAAACCGGCGGCUGAUGGCAAGGUUGAUAUCAAAUAUACCACAGGUGUCGAUAUUAAAUUACCUAAAGUCGACCUGCCAACGGUUGACGUUAAAACGCCGACAGUAUCCGGAAUCGUAGACUUACACGCACCGAAGACAUUUGACGUCAACGUGCCUCACGUCGACGUUCCGGCAGCUGACAUUAAAACACCGCAGAUCACCGGUAAACUGGACGUCAAGAAGCCAAAAGCGAUUGACGUUAAGAUUCCAACGGUCGAUUUGCCAUCAGUUGACGUUAAAUCACCACAAGUGUCGGCCAAAGUCGACAUCACAUCUCCGAAAAUCGGUAAACCCGAGUUCGAAUUACCUACGGUCGACAUCAAGACACCGGGCUUAUCCGAAAAAAUUGACGUCAAAGUAUCGAAAACAAUUGACGUGGACGUGCCUAAGGUAGCCGUGCCCGCAGUGGACAUAAAAACACCGAAAUUCUUUGGUACAGCUGACGUGAAAUUGCCAAAAGCGGUCGACGUUCACAUUCCAAAAGUCGAUAUUCCGUCAGCCGAUCUUAAAUCACCAACAGUAUCUGGUAAGGUUGACAUCAAAUCACCAAAAGCAGUUGAUAUCACCCUGCCCCACGUGGAAUUGCCGAAGGUAGACUUUAAGUCAUCGGAAAUUUCCGAAAACCUGGACGUCCAUGUAUCAAAACCAACGGUGGACGUCGACGUGCCACAGGUAAAAUUGCCUGCAGUGGACAUAAAAACACCGGUAAUUGGCGGAAAGGUCGAUGUCAAAUUGCCCGAAUCCGUUGACUCGAAACCAGAAAAACACCAGUCGUUUUUGGGUAAACUAAUGCGUAAAGGCAAAAAGGACACGCCGCAGAAAUCAUUGGACAUUGACAUAGACACCGACAUUGUAGCUAAAACGGAAGUCACGUCUUUCUUGGACCAAGAGAGACAGGCGUUCGAAGUACCGGACCCGAAUUUGAAUUUGUCUGCAUCAUUACCGACCAUCGACGCACGAGUAGACGUUUCGGCUACUGACGAAUCUGCCGACUCGAAAUCACCAAGUGCUAAGUCGAGAAAGUCGAAGAAACCUAAAACUGAACAGACCGUACCACAAAUAAACAAACCGGCGGCUGAUGGCAAGGUUGAUAUCAAAUAUACCACAGGUGUCGAUAUUAAAUUACCUAAAGUCGACCUGCCAACGGUUGACGUUAAAACGCCGACAGUAUCCGGAAUCGUAGACUUACACGCACCGAAGACAUUUGACGUCAACGUGCCUCACGUCGACGUUCCGGCAGCUGACAUUAAAACACCGCAGAUCACCGGUAAACUGGACGUCAAGAAGCCAAAAGCGAUUGACGUUAAGAUUCCAACGGUCGAUUUGCCAUCAGUUGACGUUAAAUCACCACAAGUGUCGGCCAAAGUCGACAUCACAUCUCCGAAAAUCGGUAAACCCGAGUUCGAAUUACCUACGGUCGACAUCAAGACACCGGGCUUAUCCGAAAAAAUUGACGUCAAAGUAUCGAAAACAAUUGACGUGGACGUGCCUAAGGUAGCCGUGCCCGCAGUGGACAUAAAAACACCGAAAUUCUUUGGUACAGCUGACGUGAAAUUGCCAAAAGCGGUCGACGUUCACAUUCCAAAAGUCGAUAUUCCGUCAGCCGAUCUUAAAUCACCAACAGUAUCUGGUAAGGUUGACAUCAAAUCACCAAAAGCAGUUGAUAUCACCCUGCCCCACGUGGAAUUGCCGAAGGUAGACUUUAAGUCAUCGGAAAUUUCCGAAAACCUGGACGUCCAUGUAUCAAAACCAACGGUGGACGUCGACGUGCCACAGGUAAAAUUGCCUGCAGUGGACAUAAAAACACCGGUAAUUGGCGGAAAGGUCGAUGUCAAAUUGCCCGAAUCCGUUGACUCGAAACCAGAAAAACACCAGUCGUUUUUGGGUAAACUAAUGCGUAAAGGCAAAAAGGACACGCCGCAGAAAUCAUUGGACAUUGACAUAGACACCGACAUUGUAGCUAAAACGGAAGUCACGUCUUUCUUGGACCAAGAGAGACAGGCGUUCGAAGUACCGGACCCGAAUUUGAAUUUGUCUGCAUCAUUACCGACCAUCGACGCACGAGUAGACGUUUCGGCUACUGACGAAUCUGCCGACUCGAAAUCACCAAGUGCUAAGUCGAGAAAGUCGAAGAAACCUAAAACUGAACAGACCGUACCACAAAUAAACAAACCGGCGGCUGAUGGCAAGGUUGAUAUCAAAUAUACCACAGGUGUCGAUAUUAAAUUACCUAAAGUCGACCUGCCAACGGUUGACGUUAAAACGCCGACAGUAUCCGGAAUCGUAGACUUACACGCACCGAAGACAUUUGACGUCAACGUGCCUCACGUCGACGUUCCGGCAGCUGACAUUAAAACACCGCAGAUCACCGGUAAACUGGACGUCAAGAAGCCAAAAGCGAUUGACGUUAAGAUUCCAACGGUCGAUUUGCCAUCAGUUGACGUUAAAUCACCACAAGUGUCGGCCAAAGUCGACAUCACAUCUCCGAAAAUCGGUAAACCCGAGUUCGAAUUACCUACGGUCGACAUCAAGACACCGGGCUUAUCCGAAAAAAUUGACGUCAAAGUAUCGAAAACAAUUGACGUGGACGUGCCUAAGGUAGCCGUGCCCGCAGUGGACAUAAAAACACCGAAAUUCUUUGGUACAGCUGACGUGAAAUUGCCAAAAGCGGUCGACGUUCACAUUCCAAAAGUCGAUAUUCCGUCAGCCGAUCUUAAAUCACCAACAGUAUCUGGUAAGGUUGACAUCAAAUCACCAAAAGCAGUUGAUAUCACCCUGCCCCACGUGGAAUUGCCGAAGGUAGACUUUAAGUCAUCGGAAAUUUCCGAAAACCUGGACGUCCAUGUAUCAAAACCAACGGUGGACGUCGACGUGCCACAGGUAAAAUUGCCUGCAGUGGACAUAAAAACACCGGUAAUUGGCGGAAAGGUCGAUGUCAAAUUGCCCGAAUCCGUUGACUCGAAACCAGAAAAACACCAGUCGUUUUUGGGUAAACUAAUGCGUAAAGGCAAAAAGGACACGCCGCAGAAAUCAUUGGACAUUGACAUAGACACCGACAUUGUAGCUAAAACGGAAGUCACGUCUUUCUUGGACCAAGAGAGACAGGCGUUCGAAGUACCGGACCCGAAUUUGAAUUUGUCUGCAUCAUUACCGACCAUCGACGCACGAGUAGACGUUUCGGCUACUGACGAAUCUGCCGACUCGAAAUCACCAAGUGCUAAGUCGAGAAAGUCGAAGAAACCUAAAACUGAACAGACCGUACCACAAAUAAACAAACCGGCGGCUGAUGGCAAGGUUGAUAUCAAAUAUACCACAGGUGUCGAUAUUAAAUUACCUAAAGUCGACCUGCCAACGGUUGACGUUAAAACGCCGACAGUAUCCGGAAUCGUAGACUUACACGCACCGAAGACAUUUGACGUCAACGUGCCUCACGUCGACGUUCCGGCAGCUGACAUUAAAACACCGCAGAUCACCGGUAAACUGGACGUCAAGAAGCCAAAAGCGAUUGACGUUAAGAUUCCAACGGUCGAUUUGCCAUCAGUUGACGUUAAAUCACCACAAGUGUCGGCCAAAGUCGACAUCACAUCUCCGAAAAUCGGUAAACCCGAGUUCGAAUUACCUACGGUCGACAUCAAGACACCGGGCUUAUCCGAAAAAAUUGACGUCAAAGUAUCGAAAACAAUUGACGUGGACGUGCCUAAGGUAGCCGUGCCCGCAGUGGACAUAAAAACACCGAAAUUCUUUGGUACAGCUGACGUGAAAUUGCCAAAAGCGGUCGACGUUCACAUUCCAAAAGUCGAUAUUCCGUCAGCCGAUCUUAAAUCACCAACAGUAUCUGGUAAGGUUGACAUCAAAUCACCAAAAGCAGUUGAUAUCACCCUGCCCCACGUGGAAUUGCCGAAGGUAGACUUUAAGUCAUCGGAAAUUUCCGAAAACCUGGACGUCCAUGUAUCAAAACCAACGGUGGACGUCGACGUGCCACAGGUAAAAUUGCCUGCAGUGGACAUAAAAACACCGGUAAUUGGCGGAAAGGUCGAUGUCAAAUUGCCCGAAUCCGUUGACUCGAAACCAGAAAAACACCAGUCGUUUUUGGGUAAACUAAUGCGUAAAGGCAAAAAGGACACGCCGCAGAAAUCAUUGGACAUUGACAUAGACACCGACAUUGUAGCUAAAACGGAAGUCACGUCUUUCUUGGACCAAGAGAGACAGGCGUUCGAAGUACCGGACCCGAAUUUGAAUUUGUCUGCAUCAUUACCGACCAUCGACGCACGAGUAGACGUUUCGGCUACUGACGAAUCUGCCGACUCGAAAUCACCAAGUGCUAAGUCGAGAAAGUCGAAGAAACCUAAAACUGAACAGACCGUACCACAAAUAAACAAACCGGCGGCUGAUGGCAAGGUUGAUAUCAAAUAUACCACAGGUGUCGAUAUUAAAUUACCUAAAGUCGACCUGCCAACGGUUGACGUUAAAACGCCGACAGUAUCCGGAAUCGUAGACUUACACGCACCGAAGACAUUUGACGUCAACGUGCCUCACGUCGACGUUCCGGCAGCUGACAUUAAAACACCGCAGAUCACCGGUAAACUGGACGUCAAGAAGCCAAAAGCGAUUGACGUUAAGAUUCCAACGGUCGAUUUGCCAUCAGUUGACGUUAAAUCACCACAAGUGUCGGCCAAAGUCGACAUCACAUCUCCGAAAAUCGGUAAACCCGAGUUCGAAUUACCUACGGUCGACAUCAAGACACCGGGCUUAUCCGAAAAAAUUGACGUCAAAGUAUCGAAAACAAUUGACGUGGACGUGCCUAAGGUAGCCGUGCCCGCAGUGGACAUAAAAACACCGAAAUUCUUUGGUACAGCUGACGUGAAAUUGCCAAAAGCGGUCGACGUUCACAUUCCAAAAGUCGAUAUUCCGUCAGCCGAUCUUAAAUCACCAACAGUAUCUGGUAAGGUUGACAUCAAAUCACCAAAAGCAGUUGAUAUCACCCUGCCCCACGUGGAAUUGCCGAAGGUAGACUUUAAGUCAUCGGAAAUUUCCGAAAACCUGGACGUCCAUGUAUCAAAACCAACGGUGGACGUCGACGUGCCACAGGUAAAAUUGCCUGCAGUGGACAUAAAAACACCGGUAAUUGGCGGAAAGGUCGAUGUCAAAUUGCCCGAAUCCGUUGACUCGAAACCAGAAAAACACCAGUCGUUUUUGGGUAAACUAAUGCGUAAAGGCAAAAAGGACACGCCGCAGAAAUCAUUGGACAUUGACAUAGACACCGACAUUGUAGCUAAAACGGAAGUCACGUCUUUCUUGGACCAAGAGAGACAGGCGUUCGAAGUACCGGACCCGAAUUUGAAUUUGUCUGCAUCAUUACCGACCAUCGACGCACGAGUAGACGUUUCGGCUACUGACGAAUCUGCCGACUCGAAAUCACCAAGUGCUAAGUCGAGAAAGUCGAAGAAACCUAAAACUGAACAGACCGUACCACAAAUAAACAAACCGGCGGCUGAUGGCAAGGUUGAUAUCAAAUAUACCACAGGUGUCGAUAUUAAAUUACCUAAAGUCGACCUGCCAACGGUUGACGUUAAAACGCCGACAGUAUCCGGAAUCGUAGACUUACACGCACCGAAGACAUUUGACGUCAACGUGCCUCACGUCGACGUUCCGGCAGCUGACAUUAAAACACCGCAGAUCACCGGUAAACUGGACGUCAAGAAGCCAAAAGCGAUUGACGUUAAGAUUCCAACGGUCGAUUUGCCAUCAGUUGACGUUAAAUCACCACAAGUGUCGGCCAAAGUCGACAUCACAUCUCCGAAAAUCGGUAAACCCGAGUUCGAAUUACCUACGGUCGACAUCAAGACACCGGGCUUAUCCGAAAAAAUUGACGUCAAAGUAUCGAAAACAAUUGACGUGGACGUGCCUAAGGUAGCCGUGCCCGCAGUGGACAUAAAAACACCGAAAUUCUUUGGUACAGCUGACGUGAAAUUGCCAAAAGCGGUCGACGUUCACAUUCCAAAAGUCGAUAUUCCGUCAGCCGAUCUUAAAUCACCAACAGUAUCUGGUAAGGUUGACAUCAAAUCACCAAAAGCAGUUGAUAUCACCCUGCCCCACGUGGAAUUGCCGAAGGUAGACUUUAAGUCAUCGGAAAUUUCCGAAAACCUGGACGUCCAUGUAUCAAAACCAACGGUGGACGUCGACGUGCCACAGGUAAAAUUGCCUGCAGUGGACAUAAAAACACCGGUAAUUGGCGGAAAGGUCGAUGUCAAAUUGCCCGAAUCCGUUGACUCGAAACCAGAAAAACACCAGUCGUUUUUGGGUAAACUAAUGCGUAAAGGCAAAAAGGACACGCCGCAGAAAUCAUUGGACAUUGACAUAGACACCGACAUUGUAGCUAAAACGGAAGUCACGUCUUUCUUGGACCAAGAGAGACAGGCGUUCGAAGUACCGGACCCGAAUUUGAAUUUGUCUGCAUCAUUACCGACCAUCGACGCACGAGUAGACGUUUCGGCUACUGACGAAUCUGCCGACUCGAAAUCACCAAGUGCUAAGUCGAGAAAGUCGAAGAAACCUAAAACUGAACAGACCGUACCACAAAUAAACAAACCGGCGGCUGAUGGCAAGGUUGAUAUCAAAUAUACCACAGGUGUCGAUAUUAAAUUACCUAAAGUCGACCUGCCAACGGUUGACGUUAAAACGCCGACAGUAUCCGGAAUCGUAGACUUACACGCACCGAAGACAUUUGACGUCAACGUGCCUCACGUCGACGUUCCGGCAGCUGACAUUAAAACACCGCAGAUCACCGGUAAACUGGACGUCAAGAAGCCAAAAGCGAUUGACGUUAAGAUUCCAACGGUCGAUUUGCCAUCAGUUGACGUUAAAUCACCACAAGUGUCGGCCAAAGUCGACAUCACAUCUCCGAAAAUCGGUAAACCCGAGUUCGAAUUACCUACGGUCGACAUCAAGACACCGGGCUUAUCCGAAAAAAUUGACGUCAAAGUAUCGAAAACAAUUGACGUGGACGUGCCUAAGGUAGCCGUGCCCGCAGUGGACAUAAAAACACCGAAAUUCUUUGGUACAGCUGACGUGAAAUUGCCAAAAGCGGUCGACGUUCACAUUCCAAAAGUCGAUAUUCCGUCAGCCGAUCUUAAAUCACCAACAGUAUCUGGUAAGGUUGACAUCAAAUCACCAAAAGCAGUUGAUAUCACCCUGCCCCACGUGGAAUUGCCGAAGGUAGACUUUAAGUCAUCGGAAAUUUCCGAAAACCUGGACGUCCAUGUAUCAAAACCAACGGUGGACGUCGACGUGCCACAGGUAAAAUUGCCUGCAGUGGACAUAAAAACACCGGUAAUUGGCGGAAAGGUCGAUGUCAAAUUGCCCGAAUCCGUUGACUCGAAACCAGAAAAACACCAGUCGUUUUUGGGUAAACUAAUGCGUAAAGGCAAAAAGGACACGCCGCAGAAAUCAUUGGACAUUGACAUAGACACCGACAUUGUAGCUAAAACGGAAGUCACGUCUUUCUUGGACCAAGAGAGACAGGCGUUCGAAGUACCGGACCCGAAUUUGAAUUUGUCUGCAUCAUUACCGACCAUCGACGCACGAGUAGACGUUUCGGCUACUGACGAAUCUGCCGACUCGAAAUCACCAAGUGCUAAGUCGAGAAAGUCGAAGAAACCUAAAACUGAACAGACCGUACCACAAAUAAACAAACCGGCGGCUGAUGGCAAGGUUGAUAUCAAAUAUACCACAGGUGUCGAUAUUAAAUUACCUAAAGUCGACCUGCCAACGGUUGACGUUAAAACGCCGACAGUAUCCGGAAUCGUAGACUUACACGCACCGAAGACAUUUGACGUCAACGUGCCUCACGUCGACGUUCCGGCAGCUGACAUUAAAACACCGCAGAUCACCGGUAAACUGGACGUCAAGAAGCCAAAAGCGAUUGACGUUAAGAUUCCAACGGUCGAUUUGCCAUCAGUUGACGUUAAAUCACCACAAGUGUCGGCCAAAGUCGACAUCACAUCUCCGAAAAUCGGUAAACCCGAGUUCGAAUUACCUACGGUCGACAUCAAGACACCGGGCUUAUCCGAAAAAAUUGACGUCAAAGUAUCGAAAACAAUUGACGUGGACGUGCCUAAGGUAGCCGUGCCCGCAGUGGACAUAAAAACACCGAAAUUCUUUGGUACAGCUGACGUGAAAUUGCCAAAAGCGGUCGACGUUCACAUUCCAAAAGUCGAUAUUCCGUCAGCCGAUCUUAAAUCACCAACAGUAUCUGGUAAGGUUGACAUCAAAUCACCAAAAGCAGUUGAUAUCACCCUGCCCCACGUGGAAUUGCCGAAGGUAGACUUUAAGUCAUCGGAAAUUUCCGAAAACCUGGACGUCCAUGUAUCAAAACCAACGGUGGACGUCGACGUGCCACAGGUAAAAUUGCCUGCAGUGGACAUAAAAACACCGGUAAUUGGCGGAAAGGUCGAUGUCAAAUUGCCCGAAUCCGUUGACUCGAAACCAGAAAAACACCAGUCGUUUUUGGGUAAACUAAUGCGUAAAGGCAAAAAGGACACGCCGCAGAAAUCAUUGGACAUUGACAUAGACACCGACAUUGUAGCUAAAACGGAAGUCACGUCUUUCUUGGACCAAGAGAGACAGGCGUUCGAAGUACCGGACCCGAAUUUGAAUUUGUCUGCAUCAUUACCGACCAUCGACGCACGAGUAGACGUUUCGGCUACUGACGAAUCUGCCGACUCGAAAUCACCAAGUGCUAAGUCGAGAAAGUCGAAGAAACCUAAAACUGAACAGACCGUACCACAAAUAAACAAACCGGCGGCUGAUGGCAAGGUUGAUAUCAAAUAUACCACAGGUGUCGAUAUUAAAUUACCUAAAGUCGACCUGCCAACGGUUGACGUUAAAACGCCGACAGUAUCCGGAAUCGUAGACUUACACGCACCGAAGACAUUUGACGUCAACGUGCCUCACGUCGACGUUCCGGCAGCUGACAUUAAAACACCGCAGAUCACCGGUAAACUGGACGUCAAGAAGCCAAAAGCGAUUGACGUUAAGAUUCCAACGGUCGAUUUGCCAUCAGUUGACGUUAAAUCACCACAAGUGUCGGCCAAAGUCGACAUCACAUCUCCGAAAAUCGGUAAACCCGAGUUCGAAUUACCUACGGUCGACAUCAAGACACCGGGCUUAUCCGAAAAAAUUGACGUCAAAGUAUCGAAAACAAUUGACGUGGACGUGCCUAAGGUAGCCGUGCCCGCAGUGGACAUAAAAACACCGAAAUUCUUUGGUACAGCUGACGUGAAAUUGCCAAAAGCGGUCGACGUUCACAUUCCAAAAGUCGAUAUUCCGUCAGCCGAUCUUAAAUCACCAACAGUAUCUGGUAAGGUGGACAUCAAAUCACCAAAAGCAGUUGAUAUCACCCUGCCCCACGUGGAAUUGCCGAAGGUAGACUUUAAGUCAUCGGAAAUUUCCGAAAACCUGGACGUCCAUGUAUCAAAACCAACGGUGGACGUCGACGUGCCACAGGUAAAAUUGCCUGCAGUGGACAUAAAAACACCGGUAAUUGGCGGAAAGGUCGAUGUCAAAUUGCCCGAAUCCGUUGACUCGAAACCAGAAAAACACCAGUCGUUUUUGGGUAAACUUAUGCGUAAAGGCAAAAAGGACACGCCGCAGAAAUCAUUGGACAUUGACAUAGACACCGACAUUGUAGCUAAAACGGAAGUCACGUCUUUCUUGGACCAAGAGAGACAGGCGUUCGAAGUACCGGACCCGAAUUUGAAUUUGUCUGCAUCAUUACCGACCAUCGACGCACGAGUAGACGUUUCGGCUACUGACGAAUCUGCCGACUCGAAAUCACCAAGUGCUAAGUCGAGAAAGUCGAAGAAACCUAAAACUGAACAGACCGUACCACAAAUAAACAAACCGGCGGCUGAUGGCAAGGUUGAUAUCAAAUAUACCACAGGUGUCGAUAUUAAAUUACCUAAAGUCGACCUGCCAACGGUUGACGUUAAAACGCCGACAGUAUCCGGAAUCGUAGACUUACACGCACCGAAGACAUUUGACGUCAACGUGCCUCACGUCGACGUUCCGGCAGCUGACAUUAAAACACCGCAGAUCACCGGUAAACUGGACGUCAAGAAGCCAAAAGCGAUUGACGUUAAGAUUCCAACGGUCGAUUUGCCAUCAGUUGACGUUAAAUCACCACAAGUGUCGGCCAAAGUCGACAUCACAUCUCCGAAAAUCGGUAAACCCGAGUUCGAAUUACCUACGGUCGACAUCAAGACACCGGGCUUAUCCGAAAAAAUUGACGUCAAAGUAUCGAAAACAAUUGACGUGGACGUGCCUAAGGUAGCCGUGCCCGCAGUGGACAUAAAAACACCGAAAUUCUUUGGUACAGCUGACGUGAAAUUGCCAAAAGCGGUCGACGUUCACAUUCCAAAAGUCGAUAUUCCGUCAGCCGAUCUUAAAUCACCAACAGUAUCUGGUAAGGUUGACAUCAAAUCACCAAAAGCAGUUGAUAUCACCCUGCCCCACGUGGAAUUGCCGAAGGUAGACUUUAAGUCAUCGGAAAUUUCCGAAAACCUGGACGUCCAUGUAUCAAAACCAACGGUGGACGUCGACGUGCCACAGGUAAAAUUGCCUGCAGUGGACAUAAAAACACCGGUAAUUGGCGGAAAGGUCGAUGUCAAAUUGCCCGAAUCCGUUGACUCGAAACCAGAAAAACACCAGUCGUUUUUGGGUAAACUAAUGCGUAAAGGCAAAAAGGACACGCCGCAGAAAUCAUUGGACAUUGACAUAGACACCGACAUUGUAGCUAAAACGGAAGUCACGUCUUUCUUGGACCAAGAGAGACAGGCGUUCGAAGUACCGGACCCGAAUUUGAAUUUGUCUGCAUCAUUACCGACCAUCGACGCACGAGUAGACGUUUCGGCUACUGACGAAUCUGCCGACUCGAAAUCACCAAGUGCUAAGUCGAGAAAGUCGAAGAAACCUAAAACUGAUCAAACUGCACUACAAAGUGACAAACCUACAGAAAACAAAUUAGACCGUAUUGAAGAUAAAACAUAUAACUACAAUGUAGAUAAUCAUGGUUCAUCUUUAUCGGUUCCUUUGUCAAAGUCCUCUAAUUUAGUUUCCCUUUGUGAUUCUUUGAAUCGUGUAAAAGAUGCCAAGUCAGCAUUGGUAAUGGCGGCUGAUAAAGAGAAGUUGAGAUCUUUUACAAUUGUUUACGAAGAAUAUAUUAUUUUGUUGACUAGUAUAUCAUCCUACAUAUCUGAAAAGGAACAUUCAGUAAACAGCGUUUUAAGCACUGAUGAAAUGUCAAGUAUUAAAAGAGUUAUCAAUGAUGCAGAAUCACAAGUAGACCAUAUAUCUAAAUUGAUAUCUCGAAAUACGCGUUCGCCUGAAGAAAAUGAUGAAUUUGAUGUUAAACUUAAUGAGCUACAGUCUAAAACGGUAGAAAUUAAAGAACUAUUCAAUACAUCAGUUCAAACUACUGAAACUAAAAACUCAGAAAAACUAAUUGCAUCAACUGAUAAAUGUACAAAAAAUAUCGAUCGAAUCAAAUCUGAGUUUGAACAUAUAAAAAAAGGAAAAUCUUCAAAUCAGGAUAAACUAGUUAAAGGAGAAACACUGUUAGAAUCUGUUCAAGUUGUCAUUGAAGAAUUAUACGACAAUGUUAGCAUACAUAAACUAGAUGAUAAUUAUAAACAUAGUCUGCCUGAUGAUGUUUAUAAAACUUUGAAAGCAGCAAAAAAAUUACAAAAAGAAAUUGAAAACGCCAAUUCCAACCUAGUAAAAGAUUUGGAAAAAGACGCAUUCUUUAACGUUAAUUCCAAAGAAUUAUACUUAAUAUAUAAAUCAUCUAUCCAGGCUAACAAAUUGCCAUCAAAAGACAACAAAGUCGAAAACAUACAGGAGAGCCUCAAUAAGUGUAACGAUGACUUUGCACUGUUAACUAACUUAAAAUUAACUCAUGAUCCUCAAAAAACGGACAAAAACGUGAUCAAAAAACUGGAUACAGACUUAAACAACAUUCAAUCGAGUAUAAAAACAUUGUUGAGCUUACAAUGCGAUUGUGCCCAUAUAGAAAACAUACUUGCUGAAGAGCAAAAAUGGUUUGAUCAGUUUAACCAAUCUGUACCAGAUUUACAAGGCACCACUUCGACAAACUACAAUCAACGUCUUACUCAUUUACAAACAUUAAUUACGGAAAUCAAUGUACACUACGACAAACUGUUGCAUUUGAAAAACACUAUCGGUGAACUCCAAGAGCAUACUAACGUGAACCCGUUGAAACAAACACUCGAUAAACAAAUCAAUGAUGUAUUCAACUUAAGAAAUAGCUUAAGAGCCGACUACUCAAGAAUGUUGACUUUUAAAAUACAAUUUGACCGAUACAGGGAUCUAAAAAUAAAUACAGAAUCGGCUCUUACGUCUUUGGUGUCGGAUUCAGAGCACAUCAAACCAAACCAAGACGAUGGUUUUAGCAAACAUGCAAUCCUUUCCGAACUGGAAAAUAUUGGCAAAAUGCUUACAGAAGCCAACGGCCGUUUAAACGAAUCCAUCGGUGUCCUGCCAAUAACCGAUGUCGACACUGAAACGGAUGCUUUGAAAGCGCUUGAAGUUAUUCACGGCCAGGAGAAUGCCAAAAGUGAUAAAACGUCAUUAAUUAUCAUCAACGACGAAGACAUUUCGAAAAGAUUACAUCAUCUGGAAUCGACGCUUGAAAAACCAAUGAAUACAAUUUCGGACCACAACAAAACACUCCGUAACGUUUUGUACGAAAUCACCAUUAUCGAGAGCACCACUAAGGAAACGGGAUUGAUCAAGCGAUCGAAUACUUUGCGAUACCAAUGUGACAAAAAAUUGUCCAAAGUCGUUGACUUGCAAAUCCAACUGGAUUCGUUGCGAGAGGAUAUGCUACAAGUCAACAACGACUUGAGCAAUACCGAAAUGUUAACAACAGAAAUUGGCAAUCAAGUAUGCGCAGAUAAACAAACUCUGGACGCGUACAUCAAGAAAACCAAUCAAACUAUUUCGGAUGAUUUAGAGAAGGCUCAGAAGAGGUUGUCGCUGAUUGCGCAAAAUUUCAAACAAAUCAAAGACGAUGUGAAACAUUAUAAGAAGGAACGAAAAUCGUUUGAAUCCGACUUGAACGAAACCGAAAAACGAUACAAAUUGUUAAAGACAAAACAGACUGAAACUGUUGGCAAACUGGAAACCAAGUUGCAGUAUUGGAUAUUGGUCGAUGAGUUAAUAAAAAACAUUAAGCUAAAAACGUGCUACGUUAAAAGUUCAACACAAGUGGCACUCGAAUCCGAUGAUAUAUUCGCCGACAAGAAUCUGGAAACAAUAAUCAAGCACUUAAAAGACGUUCGCGGUGCAUUCGACAAAGAGAACAAAACUAUCGUUGCUGCUGUGGAAAAUUUGUACAAAAAAGAUGAUAAACACGCAGUAGACGAUCUGAUCGAUGAUGAUUUCCAGCAAUGGACCGCCGCUGGCGCCGAAUUGAAAGAUCUCAACGAUCGUCUUGGGAAAACGUUGAAAAUCUUACACAACUACAGACAACUAAAGGAAACCACUGGCGAUUGGAUAAAUGGCAAGCUCGCGUCGAUCGACACCUCCGACGAUGUAUCGGACAAAGCGAAGGCUAUUGAAAAACAAAAGGAACACUUGGCUGAGUUGAGAAACAUGAUCACGGACAUAGGCGACACCAUGGGGUUGAACGCGGACGAUUUACCGCUGGACGAAGUGGAAGAGCUGAGUGUGAAACUGGAUAAAAUCCAAAAGGUCCUCGCCUCCCUUGGAGAUGUCUCGGACAAGAAGAACAAAAUGUCUCACGACCUCGAGAACGCCAAACGGCUUUUGCACGACAUGGAAAAAAGUUCUCCAAAGUCCAUCAAGGUCAACGAAGAAAGUCUUAAGGACUUAAGAACAAAAUUACUGAGUUUGAAUAGUUCCAAAAAAGACAUGGACGAAUCAUUGGACGCGGAUAACUUUUACGUGCCGUUGAACGAAAAACGAACAUACUCAAUAUUAGAAGUUUUCCAACUUUGGCAACAAAUAUUCAAAGAAACGUUCGAACAGUACCGCAGACUGUCGUGUUCGCUUCUCGAAAACGAAGACAACAAUAGAGUAUUUGAGUUGUGGCACGAUUAUCUUAUGUACGUUCAAGAAUUUUUAAGGUCUCCUGUACCCGGUGACUACCAUUCGCUCACAAGCUACGAACGCCUCUGCCAGGUCCACCAAGAAGUGCUGAAUAGCCAAAUGGAGAAUUUGACUACUUGCAUCAAAAACAAGCCUCAUGUAAUUAACGAACCGGACCUAGUAGAAAAAAUGUCGUCACUAACGGAAACGCAUAACGAUAUUUUGACCCGGCUCGAGGCGACUCACCAAGAAAUAUGGACCAGAAUUGGACAUUGGAGGGAAUACAGAAGGACUAUAAAGACGGUGUAUGAGUGGCUAUGGAAAACUGAAAACAUUCAUUCCAAUUUAAAUUUGAAAUUUAUUAACGUCAGAAGACUUCCGCAGUUAAAACUACAGAUACAAAAUCUUUUGAGCAGUUUAACACUGGAAAGUUCUCAGGUAGAAGACUUGGAACGAAAACAAAAUGUAAUAUUUACUUUUUGUAACAAAGAAACCGAAUCGGGCCACAGAAAAGAGUUGAUUGCAAUUAGCCAGCGGAUAAACGAAAUCCAAGCGUCGUUAGAAAUUUGGAAUGGCUACCUAAUAAACAUUGAAAAACUGACUAAUUCGUUCAACCAAGAAACCACCGAUAUCGAUGAAGUUCUCGAAGAUGUCCAAAAUCAAUUAGAACAACUUGUUCAUGAAUUGGACAGUGUAAAUAAGAACAGUAUACCGUCUGAUAGACUGACAAACGAAUCUAAAAAAAUCCAAGACAUAAGCCAACGUUUAGCGCUCUUAGAUUCCAAAUUCUUAACAGCUGAUGAUGCUCGAAAUGAACUAAAAGACUCUUUAGAUCCAAUAGAAAUCCGUACAUUUGGGCAGAAACUUAGAUUUUUAAAAUACCACCAAAAAGACUUACAACACCAACUGUUUUUGCUUACAUGUCGAUUAGAUAACUUGACGUUGAAGCCUCGGGAAUUUACAGAAAGAUCAACCGAAUUCAUACAUUGGGCUAUCGACAUGGAUUCUCAGUUGACAAGCUUAACUAAAUCUAUGAGAGAUCCCAAAUUCGCCACGGAAAUAUUAAAACCAGAAUUUGAGUCGCAGAUUGACUCUAAACAGAACGAAUUUGAUUGGUUAAACAAUACAGGACGCCAAUUAAUUGAUAAUGAGUCCAAAUUGAACCCAGAGCUGGCUCAUACUACCAAAGAAAAAUUAAAAGAAAUCGACGAAAAAUGGGUCCAAUUAAAACAUUCAAUACACAAGCAUACUCUUGAAUUACCUUCUAAAAUUUUACAUAUCAAUAAGUUGUCCGACGAAACUAAUUUACUAAAGUCUUGGAUAACUGACACGGAGUCAAAAGUUACUCGACCAAUAACUUUUGCUGAUAGUUCUGAAGAAACUUUAAGGAAAGAAUUGCAAAGACUGGAAAAUCUAAAAAGUAUGUUCAAAGAAAAGCAAGCCGAAUACGAUAGUUUACUGGUCAGGUGUAAUGAACAAUUGAAAGGUGAAACUAAUUCAGAUAAAUCAUUGGCCAAUGCUUCUCAAUUGGAGAGUUCUUUGAAAACGCUGUCUAUGAGCUGGGAAAAUUUGCAAUGUACGAUUGAAAGACAAAAUAGUGAAAUCCUGACUUAUUGGGAACAAUUGAAAAAUACUAGUCAACUAAUCAGUGCAGAACACGAAUGCAUUGAUCGCUUGAAAGCUACUCUCGGCGAGUAUAAUCAUGUUAGUGUAAUGGAACUCAACAAUUUAGCCAACACGAUCAAUACAUUUGAGCGAGAAAAACAAAACGAAAAGGAUACGUGGUCGAAAUUAGAGCAGGCCAUACCUAACCCACAAUCAACAUACACGGUUAAGUUUAUCGAAGAAGAAAUAGAAAUUAUUGCAAAAACAAGAAUUUCGGUAGAAAAAGAAAUCAGCUCGACACUUGUUGUACUCAAUAAGUCUCUCAAACUUUGGAAAGAUUUCACCAACUCACAUAGAAAAGCUGUAAUUACCUUAACGCAGAUCGACACCAAAUUAACUCAACUAGAGGUACUCGGCAACACGGAUAAUGUCGGCUUGAAAAAUACCAAUGAAUUUGGAAAUCUACAGGCGUUAGAAGAAAAAUUGAAGAAUAUCGAAGAACACCUCGAAAGAACUGAUGCGUUAGGAGAGCAACUUGCAAAAGAAUGUACUCCCAAUGACGUCAAAUGCAUUCAAGAAAUGACUGAAGAGUAUCGAAUGCUUCGGAAGGAUAUCAACAGCCGUAUGAGUAAACUAAAAGCGUCACGAGCCAACGAAAGUCCAUUAAAGAAAAAGCAGACAGUCAACGAAGAAGUUCAAGUAGAAACAUUAAUAUUCGGCAAAGACUUCCAAGGACAAGUGGACACGCUUCCUAUGGAAUUGCUGAGGAAUGAUUCUUUCCAGAACGAAUUGAGUACUGCAAUGACGAACGCCACGCGUAACGUUAAUAAUUUGGAAACGGCCAUUAAAAAUUCUGACAAGAAUUUAUUAAAAAGCGUCGCCCCUUGUCAAAUGUCAAUAGAUCUAAUUAAACAUCUAAGCGUCAUACUGAAAACGCAGUGUGGCGUUAUGAAAACCGACCCUAGUAUAGUGCAGUGCGAACAAAUAUUGGCCAAGUAUGAAGAUUUGAUGGCCAAAGUCCGUUCUCAACAACUGACUACUGAAACAAAUGUGACCAACUGCCCGCUGUGUUCCGAACAAAGCUGGUCCCAGUUUGACAACGACAUGUGGCGUUUGGAGCAUUGGAUACAGUCCACAGAAGCAAAGUUAAGCAUACUACCAAUAAUGCCACCCAAAAAUAUUGAACAACUAGAAGAUGUUAUCCAAGAACACAGAGAAGUCCUCUUAUACUUAGACAGUCACCGUAGCAUCGUUAAAUCACUGAACGUGAUUGGUCAACACUUGGCCGAGCACAGCAGUGAUAAAGAAAGGGCCGAACAAAUCAAAAACCAUUUGUCUGCUACUAACUCGAGAUGGGACCGCGUGUCUUUGGCUUGUACGGAAUGGCAGACAAAGUUACAAACGGCUCUUAUGGAGAAUGAAGAAUUUUACGAAAUGAUCGACGAACUAGUCACUUGGCUUGACAAAACGGAGCAUACGAUCAAGACAAACGAACCAAUUGAUCUGUCUGAAACCACAGAGGUCAUAACAGAGAAGUUCCACAAAUUCAAAAACAUACACAAGGAGUUAGAAAGGUGCGAGCCGAGAAUCGUAUCCUUGCUUGAAGCUUCUGAUUGGCUGCGACAAAUCAACGAAAAGUCCGAACUAAAGGUCCCCACGGACGACGACCAGAACAUCAUAAAUUCUCACUCGAGGCUGUCACAUCUUAGAGCCAGGGUGAACGCUCUUAUUAACAUGACCGGCGACUACACCAUAAACUUGGGCACGGUGCUGGGUUACGACAUGACGCCAGAAAACACGUGUAGGAGGCUCCAUCAGGUUGACGAUACAAGCACUGUUCUGAAUCGAUCCAACGAAGACGAAUCAAACACCACAAAUGCUGGUGAAGAGACGGUGUUGAGAAGAGGUUACCAAUUUUUCGGACGAGUUAUGCGUGCUUCUUUGCCUUUCCAAGCACUCAUGUUGCUUGUUUUGGGCGCUGCUUCUUUGGUGCCUGUCGUCGACGAGGAGUUCAGCUGCAUGGAAUCCAACAACAUCGCAUGGAGUCUAUACCCACUUCUCCGGUAUCCAGGAGGACCGCCUCCCGUUUGAACGGGUACACUUGUUACGACACCAAAAUGAAAUCCAAUUUUCGCGUUGACUUUACGAAACAAACCUAAUAUUUAUUAUCCCAGAUAUCGAUAUCAAAAUAAUAAAAAUUAUAUCAUACAUAUUUUUUUAUCGGAAUUAUUAUUAUUUAUUUUUAUUUUAUUUAAUCGAAAGAAUAAAAACGCUUUAAGCAUAUUUUAUUAAAUAAAUCAUUUUUUUUUUAAAUUUUAUUAUUAAACUAAAUAAAUGUGUCUAUGCCAUAAUAUUAUUAUGAUGAAUGAGCCCGGCGCUAGACGACAACGUAUAAGAGUAAUAACAUAUAAAUUAAAAAUAACAAGAUAAACUGUCGCUAAACAGGGUACAAACAAAAGAAAUAUACCAGCUAAAAGUCUGGCACUGUUUUACUCUAAUGAAAAAUAAUGCGCCACAUACCUCUUAUCAACGCCGUGUUAUGUUUUAUUUAAUCAAAAAUGGAACGUUAAUGUAUAGACACGUUUUAAACAAAUAAAAAAGGUCAAUUAAAAAACAUAUUUUUUUAACGUAUUACGUAAGUGCUUGUAAAUUUGAAAUAAUUUGUACAAUAAAAUUGGUUAAAGCGUUUUAUAUUCUUAAAAUAUUGUAUCUACUUAAUUAAUCGUGUAAUAUACGACGACCGAUAAGUGCCUACCAUACUAUACUGUACUAGGUAUAUAUUAUUGUUAUUAACCUUACUAAAUAUAGUGAUUACGUUUUGUUUAUAAGUUGUUUAAUACAUUUAUUUUACUUAUUAAUUUGCCUGACUAAUUUAUAUAUUAUGUUACAAUGCUACAAUUUAUUGUUAAAUAAAACUUUAAGUAUUUUAAAAU